GUCAUCCGGGCCCCCGGGGCUGCAUCUGGGCGCCAUGGCCGAGAGCGGCGGCGGCGGCGGCGGCCGGCUGUGUCGCCGCUGCUGGAAGCGCCACAUCGUCCGGCAGCUGCAGCAGCGGGAUCGGGCGCAGAAGGCGCGCUUCCUCGACCUGGUGGAGGCCUGUGAGUCGGCGGGGCGCAGCCGGAGGGAGGGCAGGGCAGCCCCCGCUGCGCGGCAGCGGACAGGGCCGGCGGGGCCUUCUGCACAUGCCCAGAGGCAGUCUUGCCAGCGACUCCCCCUGCGGAAAGCGCUCCCGGGGAGCCCGCGUCGGGCGGCUGCGGAGGGAGCCGGGGGUCCCGGGGUGGGCGUGCAGGUUUGCGCCGCGGAUCUCCGCAGGUGCUUAGCCAGCUCCCGUGCUUAGGGACCAAGUCCCGGGAGGCACGAGAGCAUGUACAGAGUGCAGCCUUGAUUCAAGUCCGAGAAAAGGCAGCAGGGAGAGGGGGCAGCGCCGAUUGCACAGACGGACAUUUGCCGCCCCCCAAACCCUUAAUAAUGCAGUUAUUUUACUGCCUGCAGGGGUUUUUUUGGGUGUGUGCGUGUGUUUUGUUCUGCUUUCCGUGAGCAACAAUCGCCACCCAGAACGGUAAACAUUUGUUGCGCUCUUCUUCACAAGCCAACGUUUUUAUUGCACCCAUACGGGAAGACAACGCCACCAACUGAGGGCGGGAUGAAUAAGGAAAAGGAGAGAGUGUGGCAAUAAAAGAAAACAUUUCUAUACUUGCUGUCUUCUGCGUGCUUCUCUUCCCGGCUUCUCCAUCUCUUGUAACAGGGAAAAUCUUUUAGUUUUUAUUUUAAGCAAGAUCCAGAAGGACCACCCCCCAGGAUCCUUCUAGGAUUCCUCCUCAUAUUGCAGAGGAUGCAACUCCUGAAUCCUCGUCCAAUUUUUGGACCCUGCCAUCUCCCAUUUCCCUCCAGAUUGGCACCUGCUCGCUGCCUGGGUUGACACUGACCAUGACUGAUGGCACUGGAAUGUUUAAUUCCCCAUUGAAUUAAAGGAGGAAAGAAGGAGUUGGGUUUGACUCCAUUGUAUCUCGAGUCAUAUCCUUUAUUAACAAGAAGCACAGCAUCCCUUUUUUAAUAGCAGCACAGUAAUUUGCUGUCCGUCUCAGUCACAGCUGCUACUAGGGAGAAAUUACCUUGACACUUUAGAUUGGAUACCCUUUGGAUGCGAGCUUGAUGUAAAAAGAUUUUCCAAGUUCGUUUCGGGAACAUGUGGAUAGCUGCAUGCAUGCAAGACUUAACACCUGUGCGUGCAUUGGUUCUGGAAGACAAUACUGUAUGCUUGGUAGCUGGUUUUUUAAGCUGGAAAAGCUGGAAAAAAGCAAAACAAAACCCGGAACAUUUCCCAGAACUAAACAGGCAUUUUGGUUUUAAGGUGGUGUCUUCUUGUGGCCGGAGUUUGUGCAGAGUCAUGGCGCACACACACACACACACACACACACACACACAUAGCUACUUUGCAGAAAUCAUAUGCACUGCCCCAACCCACCCUCAGACUCAGUCUAGCCUAACCAAAUAUGUGAUUGAUUAUGCGGGGCAGGGGUUACCUGCCCCCCCCCAAUAUGUUAUUCAAGUUGGCACCUCUGCUUGCAUGCUAUAUUUCUGUCUGCAAGGAUUAAUUUUUUUAAAUGUAGGAACAUUCCACAAAGUAUGGUCUUCCCUCACAGUCUGAAAUGGUACAGCUCAGAGACAGGUUUGCCACCUCAAUGAGAACUAGGUGCUUGGCUGAAUGACUACUUGAAUCCUGUCCGAGUGCAACACUUGCACUCACUUUGUCUCUCUCAUCAGUCUUUAGGAAAAAGAAAUUGGGAAGCUGAAUGGUAAAGAAAGAAUUUUGAUCUCUCCUUUUUAGCCCACUGUUUGCUUUCACUGAUGGAAGUGUCCCCAAGUCAUGGCUGCUGGAUAAAUAAUUGCCAGAGAAAUGAGGAUUUGUACAGUUCAGAGAGAGGAUGGUAUCUUGGCUAAAGCAUGGCUAAAGAAUGUUGUUUGCAGCUGGCUCUGUGAGAGUAGCUAAGUUUGUGCUCCUGAUUCAUCCUGGUGUGACUCUAUUUGGUUCCUCUAUUGUUGAUGGGGGCAGGGGCGAUUGCAGAGCCCUGAGGACUAGCUUGUUGGCACUUUGUACAUGGGAAGAGUUUGUUAGACCAAGUCACCAGCACCAGGGAAAGAUUAUUUCGUGUUGCAGGUAUGUCCCACUGUGAACAGCUCUUCUGAAUGUCUAGUCAGAAUCUCCUUUCUUGCCAUUUGAUUCUACUAAUUGGACUCCUACCAUCCAGAGCAGGAGAAAACAUGAUGGCGCCAUCUUUCAUGUGACAGCCCUUUAGAUAUAUCUCCUCUCAGUCUCAUUUUUUCCAGGCUAAACAUGUCCAACUCCCUCAACCAUUCCUCAUGAGGCUUGCUUUCUAGACCCUUGAUCAUCUUGGUCACCCUCCUCUGCACACCUUCCAGAUUGUCAACAUCCUUCUUAAAUUGUGGUGCCCAGAAUUGGACACGGUAUUCCAGGUGGGGUCUGACCAAGGCAGAAUAGGUAAAGGUAAAGGGACCCCUGACCAUUAGGUCCAGUCGUGACCGACUCUGGGGUUGCGGCUCUCAUCUCGCUUUACUGGCUGAGGGAGCCGGUGUCAUGUGGCCAGCAUGACUAAGCCGCUUCUGGAGAACCAGAGCAGCGCACGGAAAUGCCGUUUACCUUCCCGCCGGAGUGGUACCUAUUUAUCUACUUGCACUGGCGUGCUUUCGAACUGCUAGGUGUGCAGGAGUAGGGACCGAGCAAUGGGAGCUCACCCCGUCGCAGGUAUUCGAACCGCCAACCUUUUGAUCGGCAAGCCCUAGGCUCUGUGGUUUAACCUACAGCGGCAGAAUAGAAUGGUAGUAUUACUUCCCUUGAUCUGGACACUUGACUUUUGUUGAUUCAGCCUAGAAUAGCAUUUCUUCUUUUGCUGCUGCAGCGCACUGUUGGCUUGAGUUAAGCUUGUAGUCUACUAAGACCCCUUGAUCCUUUUCACAUGUACUACUGGCAAGCCAGGUGUCCCCCAUUGUUUAUUUGUGAAUCUGGUUCUUCUUGCCUAAAUGCAGAAUCUGACAUUUGUCCCCAAUGAAAUUCAUUUUGUUGGUUUGGUUCCAUCUCUUCAACCUGUUAAGAGCGUCUUGGACCCUGAUGCGGUCACCUGAUUAUCUACCGCUCCCAGUUUUUGUGUCAUCUGCAAAUUUGACAAGCAUCCACUUAAUUCAUUCAUGCAAGUCAAGGAGUUUUUGUUGAGGGAUGGGCUGCUGAAUAUUCCCACCAGAUCGCUGUUCCUCAGCCCUACAUGUUUGCUAAUUAGCAAAGCAAAAACCGCAGGAAGCCUGUGAUUAAGAUCUCUUGGUUUCUAUCCAGGCCUUGAUUCUCGGUAAUCCACAUGUUCAAAGGUCUCUCUGUUUUAUCUACAUCUAUAUAAAGAUGACGCAAGUGGAAAACCCCAUCAAUUACAUUAUCACUUCUUCAAUUAGUGCACUGAUUCAAUCUUCACUUUCUCUCUUGCGGGAUUAAGAAAUAACAUUCGCCAUGGUAAAUAGAGACCCUGGCUAACAAAGAAGAAUUGUCACAAGGGGAAUGGCCCAUUAAUUCAUUUCCCUGUGUGAUUUAAAACCGUUUUAUCCCCUGGUUUCAACAUCGCUAGAGAAAGGAGAAGUGAGCAGUUGGCAUUUGUUUGGCUGCUCUGUGACCACAAAUGGGUGUGUGUCCUGCUAGCUGGAAGGAUCCUCUCCUCCACCCAUGUGAUCCUGCCCAUGUGCAAAGAUCCUUGAUAAAAGUAGCACUGCGAGACCUGCCCCUGUCUGAAGCAAUGUUUUGCAAUAUUCGCUCCCUGGGAAUGGUCUGCUCCCUCUCAUCUUCUACAAGCUGAAGAACUCAGUCCUGCCUGAAAGGCAUCUUGCUCUCUCUCUUCAUAGGCUUAGCAUGAUUUCUCUCCAACUCCUGGGCUAGCCAGCAUCAUUUAAAAUAUUGAUGGUUGCAAUUAAACUAAGGCAGGAAAUGCCAGCUGUAGCGCCCUCAAAAUUAUCCCCCCUCCCCCUGCUUACGAAAAGGGCAAUGAGAUCGUCUUUGUUUUCCUGCCUGUUAAAAGCAUUGCUAAUUUGUACUGUUUGCGGAUUAGUAGACCAAUGAAGGGAACAUUCCUUUAAAUAAUAAUAAUAAUAAUAAUAAUAAGUGUAAAAGGACAUUCUUUGAAAAGGCAGAACAACGGCAAACAACUCUUGGAUAUGUUGGGGAACGCCUCUCUUCCUCUGAGUGGGCUCGAGCCAAGAAUGUCUUUUCCUAAUAGCUCUGCUUUCGUUUUGGUCUUGGACAGUCAGCCCGGAAAGGAGGCCUCAAAUCUGUGAUGGUGAUCAUAGAAUCAUAGAGCUGUAGAGUUGGCAGGGACCCAACAGUCAUCUAAUCCCCUGUAAUGGAGGAAGUGAGGGACCUCCCCUACCUGCAAAGACAGGCUCUGGCAGAUUGAGCAGAAAAGACCAAGCGUGGGUCCAACGGUCAAGAAAGCGGCUUCUGCACAUGCUGUAGAGGGAAGUGAGGGGCAGAUGGGAAGGGAGCCUGCUUGGAAAAGGAAAACUCUGCUGCCUAGUGGGAGAAGAAAAGGCUAAGAGGUAAACGCCACACUGCUUUAGCGCAGUGCGUGGGGGACUUGCCAAGCGGGCGGCUCGGUUUGUGGGUGGCUCAUGGGCUGGUAAAACUGUCUUCGUGGGCCGCACGUUGCCGACCCCUGUCCUGAGAGGUCACAGCAGUUUGACUUCACCCCUAGAGGCACACUCCAUCGCCUCUCAAGGCAGACAGAUGCCAAUAUGUUCCUCAUCCUUUUUCCAAGGAGCUCAGUGCUCCACAGGUAUGGGGGUUUCACAAGCACCCUCUAAGAGAGAGUGAUUGACCCGUGGUCACCCUAUGAUCUUCAAUGCCGGGAAUUUGAACUCAGAACCCCGGGACUCUGGCAGCCAGAUGCCGGCAUCACCAGCCCCUCUCAAUGUGCUGCGGCGCCACCAAGGCAGAUGGCCACAGGGAGGCAUGACAAAUUCUGGCGAACCGCAGACAAACGGAUGUGCAGGUUCCAUUUUUGGGUGAGACCACACGCACCAAAGCGCGGAAGGGGAAAUCAUUUUAGCAUCCUCUUUUCUGCGGGAUGUUGCAACGUUCGAAAGAGCAGUAGGAAAACAAUGUAAUGCAACGUAAGUCAGCCUCCUGGGAAGCAGGAACAGCCGCCGUUCUUUGGAGGAACCGAUGCAGUUUCAAAAGCUGGCACUGCUCAGUUUCUGUUUUCGUAAAGGCAUUGCAAAGAUUCUGCAAGGAGGUUGCAAUCUUGUACGCAUGCACCUGAGAGGUCAGAAAGUCCCAUUGAGCUCAGCAAGACUUGCUCCUGAGGGAUAGGAGUCAGGUUGGUCCAGUGGUUAAAAUGUUGGACUGGGACCCAGGAGACCCGGGUUCAAAUCCCCACUUGUGGACAUGAAGCUCACUGGGUGACCUUGAGAGCCCCGUCAGUGCCUCUCAGUAUAACCUAGUAGCCUUUGAUAGCCCGUGAACUUGUCCCACCCUCUUUAAAAGCCUUUCAAGUUGGGGGCCGCCACUGCCUCCUUAACAGCUGAGAGGGUCUGUAGGGAAAGAGCUUGUCUCACAGUAUUUGGGGAUUGAUGUGAGUUGGAGUUGAGCGGCAGCUUCUGCAUCCCAAUUUAAACCACUGCUUCCGUCCAUUGAUUCCAGUUGGUGUGCUCUGUGUAAUAAUAAUAAUAAUAAUAAUAAUAAUAAUAAUAAUUUAUUAUUUGUACCCCACCCAUCUGGCUGGGUUUCCCCAGCCACUCUGGGCGGCUUCCAACAAAGAUUAAAAAUACAUCAAAAUGUCACACAUUAAAAGCUUCCCUAAACAGGGCUGCCUUCAGAUGUCUUCUGAAUGUCAGGUAGUUGUUUAUCUCUUUGACAUCUGGUGGGAGGGCGUUCCACAGGGUGGGCGCCACCACCGAGAAGGCCCUCUGCCUGGUUCCCUGUAACCUCACUUCUCGCAGAGAGGGAACUGCCAGAAGGCCCUCGGCGCUGGACCUCAGUGUCUGGGCUGAACGAUGGGGGUGGAGACGCUCCUUCAGGUCUACUGGGCCGAGGCCUUUUAGGGCUUUCAAGGUCAGCACCAACACUUUGAAUUGUGCUCAGAAACAUACUGUGUAUGACCAACGUUGCUGUUUUUGAUACAUCUUCCCCCUACCAUUCCUCUAAGGAGCUCAAGAUGGCGUGAAGACUUCCCUGCCCAGUCUUUGAGCCUCACAACAACCCUGUGAGGGAGACUAGGUGUGUUGAGAGAUGGUCCAUACCCCAAGGUCACCCACUGGGCUCCAUGGCUGUGUGGGGAUUCGAACUCUGCUCUCCCAGGCACUGGCGGAGGAAGGGGGCUGGGGGAGUGGGCCGCUCCAGGUACCACCCGGGGGGGUGCCAUUGCGGCUGUCCCCCCGGACACGCGCCGUGUGCUACCCUGCACAGGGCACUACGCCCCCGCGGGCAGCGUGCCACACCCAUGGGACACGCGCCAGCCACGCUCCCGCCUGUUCUCCGCCUCCGGUGCCAGAGCAUGCAGCUGUGCCACUGCUCCCAGGUCCCAGUGUGACACUCUAAACCUUUGGUUCUCAAACUUUUUUCUCUGGGCCACACUUUCAAAAUAAAAAUUUGCUUGCCCCAUACCGAAUUUUUUUGCGGAUAAGAAAUGCACCGGAAAACGAAAAGGAACAACUCCCAGCAGUGCUGGAUUUUAUAACCUAGAACACAACGACUUUAAAAUACAAUCAUGGGGCAUUCAGAAAGUAUAAAACAAGGCAUCUAUGUAAGAACAGGAAUCAGUCCCAAAGUAUAAUUAAAAAGAAGCCUCUUACAGAUGUACCUUAAGUAUUUUGACACUAUAGAUUGCCCAUCAAUUUUACCACUGGACUUGCCGUCCUCUCCUGCUACAACCUUGGAGAACCUGCUGUAACCACUCUCCUGCGCUGCAUCUCAUAACCAAAGAGUUUUUUGUUCCACGCUUGCACCCAGGCUGUGGCCACCCAGAAGGUUUUGGUGUCUGGCCCAGAUUUGGUGCUGGAUCUCGGCAUCCUCUCUCCAGCUGCCUCUUUGCCUUAGGUAAAGGGACCCCUGACCAUUAGGUCCAGUUGCGGACGACUCUGGGGUUGGCGCUCAUCUCGCUUUACUGGCCGAGGGAGCCUGCGUACAGCUUCCGGAUCAUGUGGCCAGCAGGACUAAGCCGCUUCUGGCGAACCAGAGCAGCGCACAGAAACGCCGUUUCCCUUCCCGCCGGAGUGGUACCUAUUUAUCUACUUGCACUUUGACGUGCUUUCGAACUGUGAGGUUGGCAGGAGCAGGGACCGAGCAACGGGAGCUCACCCCGUUGCAGGGAUUUGAACUGCCAACCUUCUGAUCAGCAAGCCCUAGGCUCUGUGGUUUAACCCACAGCGCCACCCUACUGAGCAGUGAAAAGCGUGUGAGGAUGGCCACUGUAAGCCACUUUCGAACGGACCCUUUUUACAUCCAGCUAGGCUGCCUGAGCAUCUUAAAAAGUAGAGACAUCACCUUGCCAACAAAGGUCCGUAUCGUUAAAGCUCUGGUUUUCCCAGUAGUGAUAUAUGGAAUUGAGAGCUGGACCAUAAAGAAGGCUGAUCGCUGAAGAAUUGAUGCUUUUGAAUUCUGGUGCUGGAGGAGACUCUUGCAAGAAGAUCCAACCUAUCCAUUCUGAAGGAAAUCAGCCCUGAGUGCUCACUGGAAGGACAGAUCCUGAAGCUGAGGCUCCAAUACUUUGGCCACCUCAUGAGAAGAGAAGACUCCCUGGAAAAGACCCUGAUGUUGGGAAAGAUGGAGGGCACAAGGAGAAGGGGACGACAGAGGACAAGAUGUUGGGACAGUGUUCUCGAAGCUACGAACAUGAGUUUGACCAAACUGCGGGAGGCAGUGGAAGACAGGAGUGCCUGGCGUGCUCUGGUCCAGGGGGUCAUGAAGAGUCAGGCACGACUAAACGACUAAACAACAACAAGGCUGUCUGAGACCCGGAGUUUGCACCCGAGCCCCAGCUGUGGCCGGUUCCCUCCUAGCACUGGAGCAUGCAUGUGGGUAGACCUGAGCGUCAUCCAAACACCAUCUCAAGUAGUUGUUUUAUCCCUUCCAAAACUGCACCUGUGCAUAUUUCUACCCAAUGCAGAAUCAUGCCGCAAUAAGACGACUCUGCACUGCAGCAAAAGAACGUUGUUAGAAUCCUAGAACUGUAGCGUGGGAAGGGGUUCCUAAAGGUCCUCUAGCCCAACCCCUUGCAAUGAAAGAAUCACAGGUAAAGGAUCCCUGACAGGUGGCUGUGCAACCUCUGCUCAUUAUUCCCCCACCUCUAAAACUUGCACUAGUCCAGAUGUAGCUAAAGUUACUUGUCGUAUUUUUUGCUGCAAGGCAGUUUCCCCCGUUCGUCCUGCGUACAAGCAUUCAGUGCUCUUUGCGGCUUCAUAACCAUGGCAACCGGUCCGAAUCGGCAGGAUCCGCUCAGCCCUCUGCUAGAUUGGGGAGAGGUUUUUUAUUCAGUGAGUGACUUUGUGUACCUCCUUGUCCUCUGGGCUCUUUUUAUGGCUUAUGAAAUUACAAAACGCAGGCCAAGGUUUCUGACAAUAAAACCAGUUAUAAGCUACACAAAACAACAGCGGGAGGGGAGGCCAUGUAGAAUACAGAAUAAUCGCAGCAGCAUAAAACCAGCUUUAAUAGCAAGGGGGAAGAAGUUGGGGGAAGAAUUUUUUAAAGCACCAGACGAAUAUGGCCAUUGUUAAGUCUGGGAGAAUAAAAAGUUCUUAUUGCAAAAAAAGGGCACAUGUGUCGUGGCAAUUGUAGCAAUGCACAAUUGGAAAGUGAAAUACUGUCUCCAGUUAUUAUGGGUUGUAGCUUUGAUUCCACCCUUAGCUCAUUGUUUUGGCUCCUUACAUCUCCUGUUGUUGUUGUUGUUUUAGCCUGUUCAACAAUAAACAGCCUCUUGCUCUGGGCCUACAAAGUAAGUAAUUUUGCAUUGUAUGAAAUAAGAACCUGCAUUGCAGAGGGUUGGACUAGAUGACCCUUGGGGUACAUACGGUACCCAUAAUUCUAUGAUACUGAAGAACUUAAGAGCAACCAUGGCUGUUAAAGGCUGAGCUGGCAUGAAGUCAGAUCUAUCUAUAUAUGAAUUUUCUAUUGUCCUAAAUCAGCAUAGAUCUGAUUUAGUGUGUUAAUGAGGCUUUAGUAAAGAAGAGUCAUGUCUUGAUAAUUUUGUAUUGAUUUGAAAUAAAGUGGUGGAAAAAGUUUCCCACUUGGAAAAGGAGUUGCACUAAAAUAUUAGAUUGCCGGGGGGGGGGGGGGAUAUGGGCGCUCAAUCAAGUUCACUUGCAAAAAAUGUCUCCUCAGGAGUAAGUUCCAUUGAGUUAAAUUGACUUAAAGGUAAAGGAUAAAGGGACCCCUGACCAUUAGGUCCAGUCGUGGCCGACUCUGGGGUUGCGGCGCUCAUCUCGCUUUAUUGGCCGAGGGAGCCGGCAUACAGCUUCCAGGUCAUGUGGCCAGCAUGACUAAGCCGCAUCUGGUGAACCAGAGCAGCGCACAGAAACGCCAUUUACCUUCCCGCCAGAGCGGUACCUAUUUAUCUACUUGCACUUUGAUGUGCUUUCAAACUUCUAGGUUGGCAGGGCAGGGACCGAGCAAUGGGAGCUCAUCCCGUCACGGGGAUUCGAACCGCCGACCUUCUGAUCGGCAAGCCCUAGGCUCUGUGGUUUAACCCACAGUGCCACCUUACAUGCUGGUAAAUUGAUACAGGACUGCAGCUUUGGUGGGGUUUCGGUGUUAUGUUUGAACAAAUUCAGAAUUUUACUUGGCUUUUAAAGAUUAGAAUUCUUGCAGCUACUUUAAGUGUUUUCCUACAUUAGAUUUCAAAGUGGGGGGAAGAGGAUUGAAAACUGUUAGCGCACCAAUUUUGCAAUGCCUGAAGAGCUGAGCACACAAUUAUAUUUGCUUCCUAGCAGUAGGCAUCUGGAAAAAGUUAAUCAUCAAUUUGAUUUAGAUUUGACUGUUCUGUUUGGCCUGCAUUGUGUUCUGUUCACCAUGCAACCUGUUAAUUUAUGAAACAAUUAGGGCUGGAUUUAGGUUUGAUGAGGCCCUAAACUGCUGAAGGUAAUGGGGCCCUUUAUAUAGCAGGUGGGGCCCAUUACUUACAUCAUAGGAGCCUACACAACACAAAACACUGUUGCUGUAUGUAUGUUUUAUUUUAUUUGUUUUUUAUCUUCUACAGUAGUACCUUGGGUUACAUAGGCUUCAGGUUACAUAUGCUUCAGGUUACAGACUCCACUAACCCAGAAAUAGUGCUUCAGGUUAAGAACUUUGCUUCAAGAUGAGAACAGAAAUGGUGCUCCAGCGGCGUGGCGGCAGCAGGAGGCCCCAUUAGCUAAAGUGGUGCUUCAGGUUAAGAACAGUUUCAGGUUAAGAACGGACCUCCGGAACGAAUUAAGUACUUAACCCGAGGUACCACUGUAUUCUGGAAAUGUACAUCCAGGUUUUUUUCCCUUAAAAUUUUUUGGGGCCCCAGGAGAGUGGGGCCCUAAGUGACAGCUUGUUUAGCUUAUACGUAAACCCAGCACUGGGAAACAAUGCAUUUCUAAAAGUAGAAUAUUUUUGGCAGAAAAAAAUAUGAUGGGAAAGUCUUCCAUCCUGCAUCGCUGCCAGUGGUAGAUGUGUUGCCGUAAAUUCUCUAGGCAUCUUAUUCUUUGGUCUUCCCUUUCAUAGCAUCCAUCUUCUUUAUUUUCUUGUAGAUAACAAGCUCUUGGAAAAAUCCAACCUGGAAAAUCUCACUGCAAAGCUGCAAGCAAAAUCUCUGGAUAACUUGCGAGGAUUCCCUCCCAGGUAUCAAAACCUCAGUUCUCUCCCUGUCUUUGUGUCAAUAUGUAGUUUAGCCACUGGGCAGUCCUGGCUUUAGUGGGUAGGAGUCGGGAGUUUCCUGUUGCUGUUCUGCUCUAUUUUUGUUGUAGUGAGAAUUUUCUUUUCCUUGCUUCCUGUGACACCCGCGCUGGAUGAUGGUUGGCAGGCUCAGAGGCCUCUUCUCUUUUCCCCCUCACGAUGACUGUGCAGGAAUUUUACUCAGUUGUGGAAGUAAACACACAGGCAACUUGUCUUGGCACCGCACAGGACCAAAAUAACUCAGAAUAGCAGUGGCUGUGCCUUGCACGUUUACAAUGGACACUUUUUCCCAUUUGCACAAGUCUUGCAAGGCUAAUUCAGCUCUGCCUCCCUCCUGGGCAGAAUCUGUGCUGAGUCAGGGACCUUGGCAGUACCAGGGUUGCCUUGGGAGGGUGUGCGUUCAAAUUCUGCUGGCUGCAGAUUAGUAGUAGCACAUCUGAAUUUCCUUCUCAUGCACCCAGUCCGAGUGAUAAGUAGGGCUGGGCGAUAUCUGGUUUUCAGUAUCUUGAUAUAUCACCAGUGUUAUGAGAAUUGUAAGGUCUAAGAAAUAAAAUAAAUGUUCAUAAAUGUACCCAGCAAACACAUGUAUAAAUAUAUAAACCACAUGUCUGAAACAGUACAGGAAAACUGUCCCAUUUUUACUCUUUCAGUGACCUCAGAUAUUCCUCUGCGGUUUGGAUGGAAAUGGGAAAGCCCCCCCCCCCCCAAUCUUUGUCUCUGUGCUCACAAAUCCUGUCUUAAGGGCACAUUUGUGUAUGAAUAGGGUGAGCCUGUGACCUGGACUCAGGAAUUAAGUGCCGUAUUUUUCGCUCUAUAGGACGCACUUUUCCCCUCCAAAAAUGAAGGGGGAAUGUGUGUGCGUCCUAUGGAGUGAAUGCAGGCUUUCGCUGAAGCCUGGAGAGCGAGAGGGGUCGGUGCGCAUUUUCUACAAUGUAUCACCUAGCCCAAACACACAUCAUGAUUCACGAUAUAUUGUCAGGUAAAAAACUAUGAAACCGAUAUCACUUCAAACCGGUUUUGGACGAUACAUCAAUAGAUCACCCAGCCCUAGUGAUAAGCGUUUUUUCACUCUCUCAAUUCACAUAGCACUAAAAGAACCACCUCAGUUAGGUUCAAUAAUAGUUUCUGAUCUCUUAACCUCAUGCCCCCAAUGUAGCCUGCAGGGGCCCGUGUGUCUGCGAGGCUUUUAUUUCUUGGGGCAGUGCAAAGAAUAGAAUAUAUAAGAACAGAAGAACAGUCCUAUAUGCCUGAAGAAGCGUCUCCACCCCCAUCGUUCUGCCCGGACACGGAGGUCCAGCUCUGAGGGCCUUCUGGUGGUUUCCUCCCUGCAAGAAGUGAAGUUACAGGGAACCAGGCAGAGGGCCUUCUCGGUGGUGGCCUGUGGAACACCCUCCCACCAGAUGUCAAGUAAAAAAACAACUACCAGACUUUUAGAAGACAUCUGAAGGCAGCCCUGUUUAGGGAAGUUUUUAAUGUUUAAUGCUGUAUUGUGUAUUUAAUAUUUGGUUGGGACCCUCCCAGAGUGGCUGGGGAAACCCAGGCAGAUGGGCGGGGUGUAAAUAAUAAAUUAUUAUUAUUAUUAUUAUUAUUAUUAUUAUAGUUUUCUGGAUCAGGCCAGUGGCCCAUCUAGUCCAGCAUCCUUGCCUCACAGUGUCCAACCAGAAAGAGGGAACAUGCAGGUUUCUCACACAAAGAAGAAGUAUAGCGUUUGUACAUUUUCCUCAGGUCUUACCACUGCUAGAAACUUUCCCUUUUUCAAAGGAAAUCUGGGUGUCUGAGGUUUUUGGUUCAUCUGGGGUCGAAGGGGGCGGUUUCCCCCCACCCAGGACACCCGGACCCUGUGUGUGUGUGUGUGUGUGUGUGUGUGUGGAGAGCUGCCACAGCAAAAGAGAUGACGGAGAAAGUGGAUUAAGAGAAAUCUCUUUUAUGACGCUGGAACUGAAUCAAUUAAAUUGAUUGGCAACAGAUUUUGCACAGACAAAGGGAAGCCUGUCUUCAAACAGCACAUAGCGGAUGCACGGAAUUCACUGGUUAGCGGCUUUGAAUUAGAAACAAAAAGGCAUUCUCCAGAAGUUGAUUUUCCAUGCCCAAUAUUAAUUUCCAUGGCUGCAAGAACUGUGGGGUUCACACAGACUGUUGGUUGCACAGAAUAAUUCAUGGAGCGCGGAGCUGGGAGCCUUGCUGUCUAAACAAAGCCUCUAUUUUUUAAGGCAAAGUGCCAGUUGCCAGGGAAUAUGAUGGGGAGGGUUUGUUGCUUUUGCUUGCGGGCUUCUUCAUGCUGUGCGUGGUUCAACUGUGGAACUCCCUGCCACAGGAGGCAGUGAUGGCAACCAACCUGGGUGGCAUUUAAAGAGGAUAGGACAAAUUCACAGAGGGCUAUUGAUGACUGGUGGCUACUCUGAUUUUCUCACCUGAAUUUGCUUGUGUUUUUGCAGACCCAUCGAGGAGACCACUGACUGUUUCUUGGGUGCAGUCUUGGGCUCUGCAGAAACAACGGAGACCCUGAAGGGGAUACAUGAGAGACAUUUGGCGGAGCUGGAAAGCAUCAACGGGGAGGUAAGCUGACACAGGAUUGGGCCUGGGGAUCUGGGGGAGACACCUUUCCCACAUCCAAGGAACAGGAGAGGCCAGGGAAAUGGGACAGAAAGGGGUAAGCAGAAUCAUUCAUUGGUCCAGAGUAGGGUGGAUUUGAUUUAAAUCAAUUUAAAUCACGAUUUAAAUCACUAGUCAGUAAAACAAGAUGAAUUUUAACAGGGAGAAACGUAAAGUAUUGCACUUGGGCAAAAAAAAUGAGAGGCACAAAUACAAGAUGGGGGACACCUGGCUUGAGAGCAGUACAUGUGAAAAGGAUCUAGGAGUCUUGGUUGACCACAAACUUGACAUGAGCCAACAGUGUGAUGCGGCAGCUAAAAAAGCCAAUGCAAUUCUGGGCUGCAUCAAUAGGAGUAUAGCAUCUAGAUCAAGGGAAGUAAUAGUGCCACUGUAUUCUGCUCUGGUCAGACCUCACCUGGAGUACUGUGUCCAGUUCUUGGCACCACAGUUCAAGAAGGACACUGACAAACUGGAACGUGUCCAGAGGAGGGCAACCAAAAUGGUCAAAGGCCUGGAAACGAUGCCUUAUGAGGAACGGCUAAGGGAGCUGGGCAUGUUUAGCCUGGAGAAGAGGAGGUUAAGGGGUGAUAUGAUAGCCAUGUUCAAAUAUAUAAAAGGAUGUCACAUAGAGGAGGGAGAAAGGUUGUUUUCUGCUGCUCCAGAGAAGCGGACACGGAGCAAUGGAUCCAAACUACAAGAAAGAAGAUUCCACCUAAACAUUAGGAAGAACUUCCUGACAGUAAGAGCUGUUUGACAGUGGAAUUUGCUGCCAAGGAGUGUGGUGGAGUCUCCUUCUUUGGAGGUCUUUAAGCAGAGGCUUGACAACCAUAUGUCAGGAGUGCUCUGAUGGUGUUCCUGCUUGGCAGGGGGUUGGACUCGAUGGCCCUUGUGGUCUCUUCCAACUCUAUGAUUCUAUGAUUCUAAAUCAUUAUUUUUUUUACAGAAAGACUCAUUCUUGCUGGUUUAAUCUUAAUAUUUUCAACCAGAUGAAGGUUUCAUUUUUGGAAUAAUAAAUUUUCAGAGUAGUUUUUACAGUUAUAUAAAAAUUACUGAUUUGGUUAUAACUAUUAGAAAUACAUUGAUAAUUAUGAAAUUGUUGUGAGGUUUAAUAAGUUAACUGUUUAUAUUUGAACAACUUUUCUGCUGUACUUUAUUGGAAGGAGAAAAAUAAUCAUUAGUUACAAUUUAAACAAUUUGUUUAACAAAAACAAUAACAUUUUAGCAUAUGUAUCCUGUUUGUUAACUGAUGUGGUUAAACAAUUUUUUUAAUAAAAAAACUUAGUCUGAGUUUUAGCACACAUGAAAAACUUAAAACAAACCCUUAUUUCCUGAUGGAUAGCCUUUGGACUAUAAUGUAACUUAAACAGAAAACUAUCUUUAGAAAGAUUUUUCCUCCAAAAGCAUUUUAUUUUAAAAAUCCAAUUUAAAUUUAAAAAAAUCCAUUGAUUUUUAUCCACCCUAGUCCAGAGCAUAUCCUCAACAAGGCCAUUACCAUUUGGACUGUGCAGAUCUUUGAAUCCUGUGAUACACUUCUCAGCUCAAAAAGUUUCAGAAGAUGUGCAAAAUCUUGACGUGUUUUCGAAUUUUUGUGCGAACUUAAAGAAACAACACUAAUAGCAGACUCAGGACAGAGCAGGCAUAUCAAUAAACAGAUGCUUAAAUGUCGACGGACCAAAAAUAAGGUCCAUCACCCAGUGCCGGAUUUACAUAUAAGCUAAACAAUCUAUAGCUUAGGGCCCCACUCUUUUGGGAGCCCCCAAAAAAUUUAAAGGAAAAAAAACCUGGAUGUACAUUUCCAAAAUACAAGAUAAAAAAAAUAAAGAAAAUAAAACCUAUAAACAGCAACAGUGUUUUGUGUUGUGUCGGCUCCUACAAUGUAAGUCAUGGGCCCCGCCUGCUAGCCUGCUCCCAAAAAUAUCACUGCUUUGCUCCUUUCUAUAUAUAGGGUGCCUAUAUUCCGCAUGGCUGGUUGCAGGGCAACAUGUGCAAAUGGCUUGAGAUACCUAUUAGGUCCGUGAAUUACCAUCUAGCAUAUAUUCAACACAAAAAACCAGCGACCAUUUGUUGUUGACAGAGGAUAGCUGGACAUAGAAAGGGCCCCAUGACCUUCAGUAGCUUAGGGCAGGCACCCCCAAACUCGGCCCUCCAGAUGUUUUGGGACUACAACUCCCAUCAUCCCUAGCUAACAGGACUAGUGGUCAGGGAUGAUGGGAAUUGUAGUCCCCAAACAUCUGGAGGGCUGAGUUUGGGGAUGCCUGACUUAGGGCCUCAUCAAACCUAAAUCCGGCCCUGCCAUCGCCCAUUCCAGCUUCUUGUUUGCCCUGAUGCCGUCACCUUCUCCAGGAUGUCUCCCUUCCCAAGGCAUGAUCCAGUCUUUCAUUGAAGGAGAAGCCUGCAGACCAAAUGACCAGGGGACCCUUCUCUGUUCUUUUUCAGCUUGCCUACAGCAUCUAUGAAUGGAACUUGCAGCUCCAAGCAAAAGAUGCCGAACUGGAGGAACAGAGGGGCAGGUAACGUUCCUCCGUCCGGCUGCUUCUAUAGCGCAACGCCUCUUUUCGAUUCGUUCUCUUUUUUUGGUGGGGGCAAUGGUGAGCGAAGUUCUACCCUUCAGGUCCAGGACAGACAUAAUACAAUGGUACCUCGGGUUAAGUACUUGAUUCGUUCCGGAGGUCCGUUCUUAACCUGAAACUGUUCUUAACCUGAAGCACUACUUUAGCUAAUGGGGCCUCCUGCUGCCGCUGUGCCCCCACUGCACGAUUUCUGUUCUCAUCCUGAAGCAAAGUUCUUAACCCGAGGUAAUAUUUCUGGGUUAGUGGAGUCUGUAACCUGAAGCGUAUGUAACCUGAAGUGUAUGUAACCUGAUGUACCACUGUACUACCAAAAUGACUGAGGUUUUAAAUGACAAUUUUAGAUUAUAUUUUAGUGAUCAAUCCGCAUCGGCGGGGCUCCCCCUACUGGUAGUUUACCCGUCCAGACUUCCUGCAAGGCGAGCAGGAGUCGGAUAUACUGUAGUCUCUUGAUGCCAAUGCCUAAGCCAGUACCCCUCACAUUCUGUAACCAAUAAAGUUGUGGCCUAAAUUUUGGCCAUUAACAUUAACCUAAAUUCUGUGCUUGUGUCUUUAUUCUCCUGAGACUGGCUUGGGGGUCUUGAAGCGCAAACCAGGUUUGCCAAAUUAAAUAAAUAAUGGGGGGUGGAGGUGGGGGAGUUCCCCACAAAUUUUUUUGUUUGUUGGUUUAUUGUGGGCCCCGGCGCAGUGCCACUCCCCACCCCCCCAGGCAGUGGCUAAAUGUAAGAUGUGAUGAAUAAACUCAAGCAGACAAUGAUCAGGAUGAGAAACGGCCACAGCUUGAUUGAUUACAGAUAUAGGUGGAUUUUUGGCUCAGUCGUUGGGUAAAUACAUCCAUCCCAGCCCACCCAGACAAAACACAAUACAGUCAUACCUCGGGAUGAAGUUGCUUCAGGUUGAGCAUUUUUGGGUUGCACUCCGCUGCGACCCGGAAGUAAUGAACAUGUUACUUCCGGGUUUCGCUGCUUGCGCAUGUGGAGACGGUCAAAAUGUUGUCACACGCAUGCGCAGAAGCCGCGAAUCGCUGCACGCGCAGACGCGGGUUGCGUUCGCUUCAGGAUGUGAACGGGGCUCCGGAGCGGAUCCUGUUCGUAUCCAGAGGUACGACUGUAAUUAUUUAAUUUUGAAAAGGUAAGGAGACUCAGUUCCCCCAAAUUCCUGCUCAAAAAACCCCCCUCCCUGCCUCCACAGUUGAUGGCAGCAGUGCUUCCUGGAAAUCACAGGAGGGGAGAGUUGCUCCUGUGUUCGAAUCCUGCUUGCACGUUUCCCAUAAUGGGCACCUGGUUGGCCCCUGGGAGAACCGGAUGCUGGGCUGGAAGGGCCUCGUCCAGCCGGCUCUUCCGACGCCCUGUCUUCACCCUUUGCUUUGGUCUGCUCCAGGCUGGCCGGUCUGAGUGGGCACGUCUCUGAGCUGGAGUGCGAACAUCGCCUGCUGCAGGAGCAGGUGGAGGAGCUGAGCCGCAGGACCGUCGCCAUGAAGGAAGACUACGUCUCUCUGCACCAGCGCUACCUUCAGCAGGAUGGGGAGUUCCGCCGGGCGGCCGAGAGAGGCCUGGAGCUGCUCAGGUGCUUCAUGCAGAAGAAAGCAGAGGCCGCCGAGCACAGGAACAAGGCCCUCGAGAGGUGGGCGACCUCCGAAACGGGGAGGGAGGUCAGGGCCUGGGGGGCAGCAGCAGUUCAGAUCUGGAGAGUUUGGCACAGGGGAAGUGUGGGCUGAAGUGCCCCCUACUGGCUGAAUGAAUGAAUCUUUAUUUGCGCCAGCCAUUGGCCAUAGCAAUAAAACCACAAUAUAAUAGUCAAAGAAUAGAAAGAAAAAGUCAAGUAUAUAAAAUACAUUUUAGGGUUUUGAAUCCGUAGUCAAAUAGUGGGUCUUAUUCUGAUUGCCCCAGCUAAAAACCUUGCCACCUUUGCUGUCACCUGCUCAUCUUGAUCUGCCAAGAAAAAGGACACUGUGGCAGUGGCUGGGUGACCCGGAAUGGACAAUAAAAUAGGGGUGAUAAGUCUCUAUAAAAAGGGCAAGCCAAAAGGGCAUGUGCCACCGAUUCGGUACUGCCAUCUCCACAGGGACAUAAGCGUUUUUUGUGUGGAAUCUGUUGGAAUCGUCCCUCCAGUACAGCCCAGGGCAAUAUAUUCAAUCUUGCGAAAGUAAAAGCGACCCCCCGCUGGCUGUUUGCAGGAAUAGCCUUUGUGUCGCAAAUGGGAUAAGAUUGGGAAGGUGUCAGAUGCUGACUCUCUCAGCACCAAAAAAUACACAUCCUGAUUUUCAUCAGGGUUUUGAAAUACAGUCUUUUAGCAGUGAGAAACUCUAGGGUUUAACCCAGGCACUUGCCCCAAGUUUGGUUUCCCUGGAAUGAAGACGAUGGCGUCUUUAGGAUACAGUCGUACCUUGGAGGUCGAACGGAAUCCGUUCCAGAAGUCCGUUUGACUUCCAAAACUUUUGGAAACCAAAGUGUGGCUUCCGAUUGGCUGCAGGAAGCUCCUGCAGCCAAUCAGAAGCCCCCUUGGACGUUUGGCUUCCAAAAAUAGUUCACAAACCGGAACAGUCACUUCUGGGUUUCCAGCAUUCGGGAGCCAAAACGUUCAAGAACCAAGCUGUUCGAAAAGCAAGGUUCGACUGUAUAUGGCUUUAUUUGUACAUAUGUACAACCUGAGCAAAGGAGGGAGAGACUCACAGCAUGAACAGGGCUGGAUUUAGGUUUGAUGAGGCCCUAAGCUACUGAAGGCAAUGGGGCCUUUUAUAUGUCCAGCUGUCCUUUGUCAACAACAAAUUGUCGCUGUUUUUUGUGUUGCAUAUAUGCUAGAUUGUAAUUUAUGUAUAGGUAUCUCAAGCCAUUUGCACCUGCUGCCCUGCAACCAGUCCAUGCAGAAUGUAGGCACCCUAUAUAUAGAAAGGAGCAAAGCAGUGAUAUUUUAGGUAGCAGGCUAGCAGGUGGGGCCCAUGACUUACAUCAGGCAUAGGCAAACUUGGCCCUCCAGUUGUUUUGGGACUACAACUCCCAUCAUCCCUGACCACUGGUCCUGUUGGGUAGGGAUGAUGGGAGUUGUAGUCCCAAAACAUCUGGAGGGCCAAGUUUGCCGAUGCCUGACUUACAUCAUAGGCGCCUACACAACACAAAACACUGCUGCUGUAUGUAGGUUUUAUUUUAUUUGUUUUUUUAUCUUGUAUUUUGGAAAUGUACAUCCAGUUUUUUCCCCUUGAAAUGUUUUUGGGGCUCCCAAGAGAGUGGGGCCCUAAGCUAUAGCUUGUUUAGCUUAUACGCAAAUCCAGCACUGAGCAUUAACACGCAAACAGAUCUUGCUUCUCCAUUAGUGCCACAGCUUUGAAUCCAGCAUAGAGCAAGCCGGUCUCUGGGUCUCCAGCUUCCAGCCUGCUUUCAAGCUCAGCUCCAUCCUGGCUACUGUUGUCCCAACUAGCAGCUAGGAGAGUAGUCUGGAGGAAAGUCCCUCCACACCCCCCCCAACCUGGAGGGCACCAGCCCUUAAUUACAGCUCUUGCAACCUGGCUCAUUCAUAUGGGAUGAUCGAUGAGGAGACUUAUGUAGCCAGGUAAGGUCACUGUAUUACAAAGAAACUUGUACAGUGGUACCUUGGUUCUCAAACUUAAUUUGUUCCAGAAAUCUGUUCCAAAACCAAAGCGUUCCAAAACCAAGGCACACUUUCCCAUUGAAAGUUAUGCAAAAUGGAUUAAUCCCUUCCAGACUUUUUGUAAACAACACCUAAAACAGCAAUUUAACAUGAAUUUUACUAUCUAAAGAGACCAUUGAUCCAUAAAAUAAAAGCAAUAAUCAAUGUACUGUACUAUAAAAUAAAUAAGACAGUAUUGUAGAUUAUUAAAAUUAAAAUGAUUAUUUUUUUCUUACUUGCACUGAUGAUAGUCAUUGUUUGGAUGGGGGACUUUUAUCCAUUUCCACAGUCACACAAUCAAUCAAUCAAUCAGUAGCUGAACUGGGUUCCACACAGUCACCAAAACAAAUUAACUGAAAAUGCCUCAAAAACAAAAACGCAAAAUGAAUAGCAAAAACAAAAGCGCCAAACUUAAUCCGUUCUGGAAUUCCGUUUGACUUCUGAAAUGUUCGAAAACCAAGGCGCAGCUUCUGAUUGGUGCAGGCGCCCCGGAAACAGUAGCCGACAGCCGCAUCAGACGUUCGACUUCCGAAAAACACACCUGCGCCCACAAACUCACAACAAUAUAAAGAGAGGCCUCUUUCAAAUGGCAAUAAAGGAGCUGGCGGGGGGGGGGAGAGACCCUAGCUUCCCGUAUUCCUAAUGGUGCAUGGAAACAUCCCCCCCCCCACUUCCUUUCUCAUACUUCUACCACCCAGUAAAAUCGCUGGGCAAUGAAUUUUAAAAUAGGAAAUAGUACUUGUUUGCACAGGUAACAUAGCUCAGGGGCGGCCGUACUCAGAGAUGUCAGUGAGCAUUGAACCUGUGACCUCACCCCAUCCUUGACAGAAGCACAGCCCUGUCUCUCAAAAGAACCUGGAAAAUCUAGCAAGCAGGACAUAUGGAAGGAGAAUGUCUUGCACACCCCCUGAUGCCCUUCCUCUCCUUGCAGGGCAAAGCAAGACCGGCUGGCCAAGGAGCUGAAGAAGGCAGCGAGGACCCCGGUUGGCAUUAAGGUGUAAGUCAUGCUUGCGGGUCCUCAAAGAUCUUCGGAUAAUAAGAAUAAGGAUGAUUAUAUUAAUAAUAAUAAUGAAUUUAUUUUAUUAUUUAGACCCUGCCCAUCUGGCUGGGUUUCACCAGCCACUUUGGGCGACUCCAAACAGAAUAUUAUUAUUAUUAUUAUUAUUAUUAUUAUUAUUAUUAUUAGGACAAAACAGCAAACAUUAAAAACUUCCCUAAACAGGGCUGCUUCAGAUGUCUUCUAAAAAGUUUAUUUCCUUGACAUCUGAUGGGAGGGCAUUCCACAGGGUGGGCGCCACUACCGAGAAGGCCCUCUGUCUGGUUGAAAGGCAGAAUAUGUAUCUAUAUAUCUCUCUAUAUCAUCUCUCUAUCUAUCAUCUAUCUAUCAUCUAUCUAUCUAUCUAUCUAUCUAUCUAUCUAUCUCUCUCUCUCUCUAUCUAUCUAUAUCUAUAUCUAUAUCUAUCAUCUGUCUCUCUCUCUCUCUCUCUCUCUCUCUCUCUCUCUCUCUCUCUAUCUAAUCUAUCUAGCCUCAUCUUCACUGUCCCCCUCUCCUCUUGGUUGAGCUGAAACAAGUUGUUGGGCUGGCCACCGAAAUGUUUGUAUAUGAACCAGAUUCUCCUGGUGAUGAUGCAGAAGGAGCUGCAAAGAGCCUGAGUUAAUUGGUACGUUGAUCGUUAUGUCCCCAGGGCUGCUGGCUAAUUAAAUACCCAGGGGGGAGGGAGCAAGACUGCUGCUGAAAUGCGCAAUAUUGGCCUUAUGCUCCUCGUGCUGAGCGCAACACCUUUCUGCCAAGACCUAAAAUGUUCCAAGGCUGCUAAGUGGCAGUUCGCUGUCUCCGCAAGGCAGCCGGUUUGUCAAUGUCCCUCCAGGCGGCCUCUGAGACGAAGAGACCUUUUCCUGUCAUUAGGAAGGCUUGGGGAAUUCCCUCUGGCUUGAUCUGCACCUCCCAUAUUACGUGGGCAGAUCUGGAACUUUAAAUAUAUAUAUAUGUAUUUGAAAUACUUCUCUAAGCAAAGUAAAGGGGGAAAGGAAACAAAAAGUACAUAAAAAAUUGUCUAUUAUGAAAGUAUAUAAGUGAAAUUAGGGACGCGGGUGGCGCUGUGGUCUAAACCACAGAGCCUAGGGCUUGCCGAUCAGAAGGUCGGCGGUUCGAAUCCCUGCGACGGGGUGAGCUCCCGUUGCUCGGUCCCUGCUCCUGCCCACCUAGCAGUUCGAAAGCAUGUCAAAGUGCAAGUAGAUAAAUAGGUACUGCUCCGGUGCGAAGGUAAACGGCGUUUCCGUGUGCUGCUCUGGUUCGCCAGAAGCGGCUUAGUCAUGCUGGCCACAUGACCCGGAAGCUGUCUGAGGACAAACGUCAGCUCCCUUGGCCUGAAAGCAAGAUGAGCAUCGCAACCCCAGAGUUGGCUGUGACUGGGUACCUUUAUCUGUACCUUUAUCUAUAGAUGUGUGUGUGUUUGUAUAUAUACAUACUGUAUUUUUCUGUGUAUAACACGCCCCCAUGUAGAAUACACCCCUAUUUUUGGGGAUUCCAAACAAAGAAAAUGGGGGGAAAUUGCCCCAUGUAUAAGAUGACCCCCCUUUUCUUAACAUAAUUUUUAAAGAAAAAAAUCCUUGUCUUAUACACAGAAAAGUACGUGUGUGUGUGUGUGUGUGUGUGUGUGUGUGUGUGUGUGUAUAAAAAUAAAUGCAAUGCAAAUGUCAUUAUAUUUCCAGAUUUGGAACUUGGUUAUCCACCAGCUUGGUUAUCCACUUCCUGAAUGCACCGACACAAUUUUUUAACCUUUUUUAAAAUAAUAAUAAUAAUUGAGAACCACUGUGUUGGACUAGGAUCUGAGAGACGCAGGUUCAAAUCCCCACUCCGCCACCGGGUGGCCUCUCACUGCCUCUCAGCCUAACCUACCUUACAGGGUUGCUGUUGCUGUUGGAGGAAUUAAAUAGGGAGAACCGUGUGCUGUUCCUUGAGGCCUUUGGAGAAAGAAGGUGAUCUAUAAAUGCAAUAAAUACAUUAAAAUAUUGUCGAUCAUGCUCUUGUGCUCCCUAAUUUUCCGCACCUUUUCUCUUUGCCAGAGAGCCAGAAGAAGGGAAGGCUGAUGAGCAAAAGAUGCUCCACAGAGACACCCAGGGGGAGCCUGGCGAAAAGGCGUGGAAAAGGCCCUUUCGGUGAGGCAUGAACUGUGGUGCUCAUAGUUUUUGUAUUGCUAUUAUUGCAUUAGCUUCUUUUUAAAUUGGUUGGAGUUUUGCAUCCUUUCCUCCCAUCAAAGUCUUGCAGCAACAAGAAGAAGGCAGCACAUAGAAAACGUGGCAGUUUAAAGGACACGUUGAUAAAAAUCACUCGUGAAAAUCCAUCCUAAGAGUCUCCUGCAUUUGAGGGGUGCAUGCAAAGGCUGCCAUUGGCUUUGCUCUGGAGAGUGAAAUUCUGUGCAGAAUCUCCCCUUAGAAUCUCAUCCUCACAGGCAGAAAAUUUGAGAGGGGCUUAGGCAGGGGCUACAUUAGGGGUCAGCAAACUUUUUCAGCAGGGAGCCGGUCCACUGUCCCUCAGACCAUAUCUAGUAUAUAUAGUUUAUUUGGGGGGGGGGGGAAAUAUAUGAAUGAAUUCCUAUGCCCCACAAAUAACCCAGAGAUGCAUUUUAAAUAAAAGGACACAUUCUGCUCAUGUAAAAACACGCUGAUUCUCAGACUGUCCACAGGCUGGAUUUAGAAGGCAAUUGGGCCAGAUCCGGCCCCUGGGCCUUAGUUUGCCUACCCAUGGGGUACAGAAAGAGCCAUCGUUUGAGGGGCUUGUCUGUGCAUGUUUGUGGCACAGGAAAAUUGCGAACUCUUUUUUUAAAUAAAAUUUUAUUGAAUUUCCAUUUUAUAAUUCGUAAAUGCAUCCUUAUUUUGCACAUUAAAUUUUGCUCAUAUGAGCUGGUCAACCCCGCCCCCCACCCUCUGCCUUGUGGUUACCAUAAUUCCUUUCAGUAUCAUCGCAUUUGUAUUCCUUCCUAUUUACCUUUCAUCCAUUUCAAUUAUUGCAGUUUUAAAUAAACAUAAAAAGGUAGGAAUCAUAGACAUUGCAAGUCUUCUUAAGACAAUCCUGCUAGUGUUGCUAACUGCAGUUGUCCUUCAAGCACUGGAUAAAUUCAUCCCAGUCUUUUUGGAAAACUUGAUCAACGUUGGUUUUGGAUUUUCCUGGGCAGCUUCGCUAGCUGUGCAUAUUCCAUCAUCUUCAUCUGCCACUCCUCAGUGGUUGCUAAUUCCUGUUGCUUCCAUUUUGUGGCUAAAAGAGUCCUUGCUGCCGUAGCUGCAUACAGAAACAAUUUUUGGUCCCUUUUUGAAAUUUCUUCCCCUACUUUAUCCAGGAGAAAUGCUUCUGGUUUUUUAAGAAAUGUAUUUUACGAUCUCUUGCGGAACUAGGGAACAGCAGAUUCCUCCCAGGUCCACUCUGUGGUUCUGCAGUUCAGCUAUGGCUCAGCUUCCUCUGGCAAGAAAGGAGUUGUUUAGAAUGCUGAAAAUGAAUUUCGCACACAUGAGGAACGAGAAACGAAACCCAAACCACUUUCCUGGAAGGAAAAAGGAGUUCUACCUUGUUCACACACUUUUGUCUACUUGAAGAAGCCAUGGUCCGAUCUGAAAAAUACAAAUAUUUGGGUUACAAAACUAGAAAAACUAAGUUUGCAAAACAAUAAUUACCAUGUGGUUAGGGUAGAUCAACGUGUCAGUGUCCACUUAUCUCCAGUGUAAAUAUGACAUAUCGGCAAAAGUCGAAAAUUACAAGAUAACUAUAGCAUGUACACGAAAAUCGAUUUCAGAUUUGAAAUCAGCAUUGAAAGAACAUAUAAGAAAGGUUGAAAAAUCAUAUGCAACAGAAAAUGGAAAAAAAAAAAAUGUUCCCCAGUGUAAUUCCUGUGUUCAUCACUUUUUUCCACUUGACUUCUUGUUUUAGAUCUGCUUCUGCCACUUCCAUGACCCUCACCAGAUACGUGGGUGUUUUCAAGGGUUUGUUUGAGUAAGUUGGUUGCUCCAUUUCUAUGCAUUCAGGAUUACUUGGGUCCGGAGCGUGUGUUUGAAUUGCCCCCAAAGAAUCAAGAUAAGAUCCUGAAUCAUUUUGAUGAUACUAGCUUUUUAUAAUAUUCAUAAUAAUAAUUUAUUAUUUAUACCCCGCCCAUCUUGCUGAGUUUCCCCAGACACUCUGGGCGGCUCCCAAUCGAGUGUUAAAAACAAUACAGCAUUAAAUAUUAAAAACUUCCCUAAAGAGGGCUGCCUUCAGAUGUCUUCUAAACGUCCGAUAGUUGAUUAUUUCCUUGACAUCUGAUGGGAGUGCAUUCCACAGGGCGGGCGCCACCACCGAGAAGGCCCUCUGCCUGGUUCCCUGUAACCUCACUUCUCUCAAUGAGGGAACCGCCAGAAGGUCCUUGGAGCUGGACCUCAGUGUCCAGGCUGGACGAUGGGGGUGGAGACGCUCCUUCAGGUAUACUGGACCGAGGCCGUUUAGGGCUUUCAAGGUCAGCACCAGCACUUUGAAUUGUGCUUGGAAACAUACUGGGAGCCAGUGCAGAUCUCUCAGGACCGGUGUUAUGUGGUCUCGGCGGCCGCUCCCAGUCCCCAGCCCAGCUGCUGCAUUCUGGAUGAAUUGCAGUUUCCGGGUCACCUUCAAAGGCAGCCCCACAUAGAGCGCAUUGCAGUAGUCCAAGCGGAAGAUAACUUUUGUCUGGAUCAACUGUGGGUAAGGUAGCAAACUUUAGUGUUGCACAGAUCUCUUCUCUAUGGGGGUGAGAAAUUAUCUGUGUGGCUCCUCUCUUUCUUUGGAUCCAGUCAUGUGACCACUAACAUGGACAGGGCCAGAUUGAGGUUUGAAGAGGCCCUAAGCUACUGAAGGUAAUGGGGCCCUUUCUAUGUCCAGCUGUCCUUUGUCAACAACAAAUUGUCGCUGUUUUUGUGUGUUGAGUAUAUGCUAGAUGGUAAUUUAUGGACCUAAUAGGUAUCUCAAGCCAUUUGUACAGGUUGCCUUGCAACCAGUCCAUGCAGAAUGUAGGCACCCUAUAUAUAGAAAGGAGCAAACCAGUGAUAUUUUAGGGAGCAGGCUAGCAGGCGGGGCCCAUGACUUACAUCACAAAUACAGGAGCCUACACAACACAAAACACUGUUGCUGUAUGUAGGUUUUAUCUUAUUUGUUUUUUAUCUUACAUUUUGGAAAUGUACAUCCAGGGUUUUUUUCCCCCUUUAAUUUUUCUGGGGACCCCCAAGAGAGUGGGUCCCUAAGCUAUAGCUUGUUUAGCUUAUACAUAAAUCUGGCACUGAUUACAUAGAGGGCUAACAAAUUCAUUGUAGCCACGAGUUUCUGUAGCCAUGUCCACCUUCCCUCCCUCCUUCCCACUUCCAGAACUAUAGACUUAAAAGUUUACAUAACUGAAAGUCAAAACUGGCAUUUUACUCCCCACCCCUGUGAAAGAUUUGUCACUAGCUUCGUGCAUUUUCACAAACUUUCAAAUGCACAACCUUUAACUUGUAUCCCCUGUCCGGGCAGCCUUCUUCCAUGUUUGAUGCUGAUCCAUUUCCUGGUUCUCAGUUCCUUGUGGUUUUCCCUGAGGUCUCAUUCAGAGCAAAUAGGGUUCCUGCAGACCAUGGUUGUAUCCAAAGUGGAACUGGAAACUGCGGCUUGGAUGAGGUCUCCAGUGCUUGUUUGCAGGCGAACCAGUUUACUUGAUUUGGACGUCCUUCUAAGCAGUUUAGCUGUGUGGCAUUUGACUGUCUGAAGACAGAAAAACCUGUAAUACUUAAUUUGACGUCACAGCAAGUUCAAAAUUGCUAUGGUUUAGGGAAGUUCCCUGUUUAGGGAAGUUUUUAAUAUUUGAUGAAUUACUGUAUUUUAAUCUUUUGUUGGAAGCCUCCCAGAGUGGCUGGGGAAACCCAGCCAGAUGGGCGGGGUAUAAAUAGUAUAUUAUUAUUAUUAUUAUUUAUUAGGAAGUUGGAGGGAGGGGGAGAGCAAGAAAUGUGAGGUGAUCAUGUCUGUAUCCAAGACGGUGCAAAACUUUCACCUGUUAGUUUCAGGAUGAAACGUGGGAGCUCCUUCAGCAACCCAUCGGAGGAACGGUACUAUUACAUUCCCUCCUGCGUGGCGGCCUGCCUUCCGUCAAGAGUAAGCGACGAACAGGUAAAUCUGAAAUCCCUAAGCACCAGGUGCCACCUCACCUAGGUGCCACAUAAGAAGAGCUUGCUAGAUGACUGAAAACAAGUAAUGUGUAUAUAAUUGUAAGUGCACAGGGUAAAAUAAGACUUGGGAAGGGGGGGUGAGAGAAAAAGGAAAAGGAGAAAGAAAGAAAGAAAGAAAGAAAGAAAGAAAGAAAGAAAGAACACCCAUAUCCAAUACAAAACAAAAGCAGAACUUAUAAACAUUACAAGAUUGUUACUGUAGCUAACCCACAUUUAACCUAAUAUAGAAAUUAAUCCCAAAUAUCGUUAAAUUGGUCCAUGGCAAGUCUAUGCUUAUACACUCAUGUGUUGCAAAUUUGUACCUAUCUUCUAGCCAUUCACCGAAGGGAGCUGCAUUUUUGUGGAUGAGCUGGGGAAAAUAACUAUUGCUAUUAUUUCUUAUUGCAUCUAUACCCCACCUUUUCUUCCAAGGAGCUCAGGGUGGUGUGCAGAGUUUUCCUUGCCCAUUCUGUCCUCACAACAGCCCUGUGAGGUAGGUUAGAUUGAGACUGUCAUCCAGCGAGCUUCAUGGCCAAGCGGGGAUUUGAACCCUGGUCUCCCAGGUUUCUAGUCCAGCACUCUAACCACUACACCACACUGGUUCCACCGGUGUUGGAGACAGUGCUGUCUGAACGCCAGUUGCUGGGAAUCGCGCAUGGUGAGAGGGCUCGUGUUCGAAUCCUGCUUGUGGGCUUCCUGUGGGGGCAUCUGGGUGGCCACCCUGAGAACAGGAUGCUGGACUAGAUGGGCCAUUGGCCGGAUCCAGCUGCAGGGCUCUUCUUAAUAAUUCUUCUUGAUAAUGUGUGCUUCUGGCCUCCAGUGGUUUUCCUUGCACAUGCUGACAGAAAGGGAUCGCGAGUGGAGGAUGAGUUUGGGUUGCAACUGUCCCCACCAGCAGAAUUCCCAUAUCUACUCCAGAAGAGGAACUUGUUGCACUUCCAUGGCACCCCUGCCUGGUCUCAAUAAUAAUAAUAAUAAUAAUAAUAAUAAUAAUAAUUUAUUUAUACCCCGCCCUUCGCGGUUCAGAAAACCGGGCUCAGGGCGGCUAACAACAGAUUUAAAACACUUAAUUGAUGCAACAAAAAACAUCUUAAAAUACAGUAUAAAAUGUGAAUAACAAUAAAUUCAGAAUUCAAAAAUCAAUUUAGGGGGGAAAUCCAUCCAAUAAACAUUAGAUGAUCACCAGGGCUAGCUGGCUAAAUUAGUCCUACUUGGGCCAGCGAGGAGACCAGGGGAGAAUUAGCUGUGGGGUCCCAGAGUGGGCAAUCUUCAUAAGAAGAGGAGGGGGAGGGAAGAGAAGGGAAAUAAAAGAUCAGGCUAAGUUCAAAUUGAAAGCCAGGUGGAAUAGCUCUGUCUUACAGGCCCGACGGAAGGAGGUUAAAUCCUGCCGGGCCCUAGUCUCAUGGGACAGAGUAUUCCACCAGGUCGGAGCCAUCACUGAGAAGGCCCUGGCCCUGGUGGAGGAUAGCCUGACUUCCUUAGGGCCCGGGACCUCUAAACUAUGGUUAUUCAUGGACCUUAAGGUCCUCUGCGGGGCAGACCAGGAGAGGCAGUCCUGUAAAUAUGAGGGCCCUAAGCCACAAAGGGCUUUAAAGGUCAAAACCAGCACCUUAAACUUGACCCGAUACUCCACUGGGAGCCAGUGCAACUGGUAGAGCACUGGGUGAAUAUGCUCCCAUGGCAGAGACCCUGUGAGGAGCCUCGCUGCAGCAUUCUGCACCCGCUGGAGUUUGUGGGACACAGUUUCAAGGGCAGCCCCGGGUAGAGCGAAUUACAGUAGUCAAGCCUGGAGGUGACCGUGACAUGGAUCACUGUGGCCAGGUCGGGGCGGGAAAGGUAAGGGACCAACUGCUUUGUCCUUUUCCCCUUUCUCCAGGAAGGCCACGCCUCCGAAAUCAACGCUGCCAGGUUCAGUCCCAAUUCAUCCGUGCUGGCCACUGGCGGGGCCGACAAGCUGAUCAGGCUCUGGAAUGUGGCAGGAGGUGAGCGGAUGCGCAGAGCGGAAUUAGUUUACAAUUGCACACAGCGGGUGGCGCUGGGGUCUAAACCACUGAAUCUCUUGGGCUUGCAGAUCGGAAGGUCGGCGGUUUGAAUCCCCGUGACAGAGUGAGCUCCCAUUGCUCUGUCCCAGCUCCUGCCAACUUAGCAGUUUGAAAGCGUGCCAGUGCAAGUAGAUAAAUAGGUACCGCUGUGGCGGGAAGGUAAACAGCGUAUCCGUGUGCUCUGAUUUCUGUCACAGUGUCACAUUGUGCCAGAAGCAGUUUAGUCAUGCUGGCCACAUGACCCGGAAAACUGCCUGCGGACAAACACUCGCUCCCUCAGCCCGAAAGCAAGAUGAGCGCUGCGACCCUGUAGUCGCCUUUAACUAGCCUUAAUCAUCCAGGGGUCCUUUACCUUUUACCUUUACCUUGAUAGGGACAUGGGUGGCGCUGUGGUCUAAACCACUGAGCCUCUUGGACUUGCCGAUCGGAAGGUUGGCGGUUCGACUCCCCACAAUGGAGUGAGCUCCCGUUGCUCUGUGCCAGCUCCUGCCAACCUAGCAGUUUGAAAGCACGCCAGUGCAAGUAGAUAAAUAGGUACUGCAGCAGCGGGAAGGUAAACGGCAUUUCCAUGUGCUCUGGCUUGCGUCAUGGUGUCCUGUUGCGCCAGAAGCAGUUUAGUUAUGCUGGCCACGUGACCCGGAAAACUGUCUGUGGACAAAUGCUGGCUCCCUUGGCCUGAAAGCGAGAUGAGCGCCGCAACCCCAUAGUUGCCUUUGACUUAACCAUCCAGGGGUCCUUUACCAUUUUACCUAUUGCACACUAUUUAAUUUUUUAAUGUAUAAAAGUAUUAGAGAUCUCUGCCAGCUGUCAGCUUGGGCUGGCAACUGUCCGGCUCAAAUCUCUUGAGAUCACGCAAGUGAGUUGCUGCCUCUGCCUUUAUAAGAGAUAUCUGGCCUCAGCUCUAGGCUUUGUUUCUGCAUCAGUCUUUUCUUGAGGUGCAUGGAAGUAGAAGCCGAUCUUACCCAUUGAAUUGGAUCUGAUCAGGUGUGCGAGAGAUUUUGCUUAGCUGAGCUUCAGUUCUGCAGGUGAGAUAAGAUUUUCGCAAGCCAGAGUCGUGGAACAAGGAGAAAAGAUCUCAGAUCCCGGGUGGGGAAAUCUAUCUCUCUCUCUUUGGAAAGUGCACUGUCUGCUUCUUGCAGAGUUUCCUGGUGCUUUUUUCCACAUUCAGGGAAGUGUGAGUUCUAAUUUUUGCUGCUCUGGGUCACCUUGCUUGUUCUGUUUGCCUGCCUGCAGGCCGAAUGGAGAAAAUGAAGACACUGGAAGGGGCUAACGGAGGCAUCACCAGCGUCGAGUUUGACCCAUCGGUAAGUGUGAAUCGCAGCAGGGCAAACGCCGCUGGUUGCUUGGAGGAGUCACCGUGGUUUGGCCUUGCCUGGAAGCUGCGCUCCAUCUGCAAAGGGCCUUCUCUCCUUGCCUUAUUACACUGAACCAGGCCAAGCAGUGAAUGAAUUUUAUUAUUACAGUCACAGACCAGUUCCGGCUCACUUACAAUAUCAGGAAAAUCAUAAAACACAAGAGGAAUACAUUGAAUUGCAAUUGGUAGAGACAAUUCAGAUACAGUGGUACCUCGGGUUACAUACGCUUUAGGUUACAGACUCCGCUAACCCAGAAAUAUUACCUCGGGUUAAGAACUUUGCUUCAGGAUGAGAACAGAAAUUGUGCUCUGGCGUCGCGGCAGCAGCAGGAGGCCCCAUUAGCUAAAGUGGUGCUUCAGGUUAAGAACAGUUUCAGGUUAAGAACAGACCUCCAGAACGAAUUAAGUACCGUAUUUUUCGCUCUAUAAGACGCACCAGACCACAAGACGCACCUAGUUUUUGGAAGAGGAAAACAAGAAAAAAGAUAUUCUGAAUCCCAGAAGCCAGAAUAGCAAGAGGGAUCGCUGCACAGUGAAAGCAGUGAUCCCUCUUGCUGUUGUGGCUUCUGGGAUAGCUACACAGCCUGCAUUCACUCCAUAAGACGCACACACAUUUCCCCUUACUUUUUAGGAGGGAAAAAAGUGAGUCUUAUAGAGCAAAAAAUACGGUACUUAACCCGAGGUACCACUGUAUAGCGGCAGCAACUGAGCGUCCUUUCGGCUUUGGCCCAGCCGCUUCAUCAGCUCUGGAUCUACUUGUACUUGUCCUCCGCUCUUCCUCAGUAGCAUGUUGGACGCCUUCCGACCUGAGGGGCUCAUCUUCCAGCGUCAUAACUUUUAUAUGCCUGUUGCCUUUGUCCAUGGAGUUUUCUUGGCAGGGAUACUGGAGUGGCUUGCCGGUUCCUCCUCCAGGUGGAUCACAUUUGGUCAAAACUCUCCACUAUGACCUGUCCAUCUUGGGUGUCCUGCACGGCAUAGCUCAUAGCUUCUCCAAGUUACUCAAGCCCCUUCACCACAGCAAGGCAGUGAUCCAUGAAGGAGAAAAUAUAACAUAAAAUUGUCAUUUAAAACCUUAAUCAUUUUGGUAGUACAGCUAAGAGGUUUGGGGUUUUCCCCACAGGCCCUGAUAGCUGUAGGUUAUGAGAAAGCACCAAUAAAUUUGGGAUGUAGAAUUGCAAGGCCAAGCAGUUUAUCUAGCCCAGGCACAUCCAACUCAAUAGAGACUGCGAUCUGCUCCCAAUAUAAGAAAACUGGCAGUGAUCUACCCAUUGUCAUUGCCCAUAGUUGUUCAGCUUUUUUAGGGGGUGGGGAGCCCACAGUUGGUGAGCUUCUUUUAGGGGGGAGCCCAGAGUUGCUGAGGUAUUUUGGGGGAGGGUUGCCUUUAAUCGCUCACCCAACAGUUCGAAGCCAUCCCUUCUUCCCCCGCUCUGCCGAAAGACGAAGGGAAUAAAAUCUUUCACAGCACUGCCAACGGCGACGGUGGGACAUAGCGAGAAGGGCGGGGCACAUCACGAUCGCUCCGGAGCAACAGGGCAAUCUCUUUUUUUACUCCGGCGAUCGACCUGGAGAACCCUGUCAAUUGUGGUCGACCGGUUGGACAUUGCUGAUCUAGCCCAAUAUUGUCAACUUGGACUGGCAGCAGGCCAAGGAAAGUCUUUCCCAUCACAGUGGAGCAAAAGAUACUAACUUCACAUAUACUCUAACUAGAAUCAUAUAAAGAAUAAAUUAUUAUUAUUAUUACUACUCACCAGCCUGGUUCCCUCAAGAUGCUUUAGGCUACAGGUCCCAUCAGCCCCAGCGAGUGCAGUAGUCCAAUCCAUUGGGAGGGCACCAGGUUGGGGAAGACUGAUCUGUGAGUUUCAUGCAUUAAAGCCUUAGCUGUUAUUCCUGCACUGCAGAGGGUUGGGCUGGAUGACCCCUGGGGGUCCCUUGUGACUCUACAGUUCUAGGAUUUUAGCAUCUGUACAUUAGAGAAGUGUCAGGAUGCUGGACUAGGUGGGGCAUAGGCCUGAUCCACCAUGCACUUCUUAUGUUCUUCCUCUUCUUUUUCCUCCUCAUUUCAAAUCACUUCUGCUUUAUAUAUUUUUUUUGGGGGGGGGCUGGAAUCUCAAAGCAGUUUGCAACCUACAUCAGGUAAACCAGUUCGGAAUAAAACAUUAGUGACAAAAGUCAAGUACGUACACAUUCAAAGCAACACAACUGUCUGGAAACAAAAAUAUUAUCUUAAAGAUUUCCAAAAGAGGUCAACUGCAGAUUGCACGUUGAACAUGGCAAAGUUAACAGCAACAACAACAAAAAUGAUCUUAAACAUUUCAGGAGAGAACAUUGCUCAAUAUAAAAUGUCCAAUAUAAAAUGCACGUUGAAAGCAGCAUCAUUCGCAAGAAUAAAAAAGAUUCUCAUAAGCACAGGAUAGAGAGUCAGGGCUAGUUCAAACAUUACCUCUCAGCUGCAACCUUGCUGUUUUAAAGGCGAGUGUGACCUGGUCUAGACUGAACACCGCCUGUCUAAUUAUUUGUCCCUAUGGUAAAUCGUGAGGGUCUUAACCUCAGGGUCGUGGAUUGGAGGCAAAAGAUUCCUGCACUGCGGGGGGUUGGAUGAAAUGACCACCGUGGUCCCUUUCAACUCUACAAACCUGUGAUUCUAUUAUUCUAGGAACUGCCUACCAACCGUACCUCCAACUUAUAGGGAUCGAGCCUCACUCUGUUAGCAUUGUCAUUUUGACAGAUCAGGUAACAGAAGAAGGAAAAGACCCUCUCUCUGCCAUAGUGUGCUGACCUUUAAAGCCCAAACGGCCUCGGUCCAGUAUACCUGAAGGAGCGUCUCCACCCCCAUACAUUCAGCCCGUACACUGAGGUCCAGCUCCAAGGGCCUUCUGGCGGUUCCCUCCCUGCGAGAAGCCAAGUUACAGGGGACCAGGCAGAGGGCCUUCUCAGUGGUGGCACCCGCCCUGUGGAACACCCUCCCACCAGAUAUCAAAGAGAUAAACAACUACCUGACAUUUAGAAGACAUCCGAAGGCAGCCCUGUUUAGGGAAGCUUUUAAUGUUUAAUAGAUUAUUGUAUUUUAAUAUUCUGUUGGAAGCUGCCCAGAGUGGCUGGGGAAACCCAAACAGAUGGGCGGGGCAUAAAUAAUAAAUUAUUAUUAUUAUUAUUAUUAUUAUUACACCUGGUAUUUGGAGCAGGCAGUGCCCAAAUAUUAUGGAAGGGCUGAACUCCUGGGGUGAGACAGUUUCCAGUGGGAGCUCUUUGGAAAGAGGUGUUUCCUGCUCCUGUCCACCAGGGGGCAGCAGGGGGCUUCCUGCGGAGGCUGUUGCCAUGCCAAUGCGGUCCUUUGCCAUCAUCAAUCCCAACCCACCAAAAGAGAUUUCUCGUCCUCCUAGGAUAAGAACCAAAGGCAGGGAGGAUGUGGGGCUCCCCACUGGCCAGCUGCAGCCACCUGGAGGAAGGGGCUGCAAAAUGAACUUUUCCAAGCUCAUUAGUGGGAUGAAUGGCCGUCCCAAAAGUCAAACAAAAUGCUAGGCCAGGCAUGUCCAAAAUCCGUUUUGGGGGCCUGAUCCAGGCGGUCGGCAGGUUUAAUCUGGCCCCUGUGGCAGUUUAUAGUUUAUUUCCUGGGGUAAAAUCCUGAAAAAAGGUUAACAACUUUGGUUGGCUCUUUGGUCGGCCCUCAUGGCCCUUCACUUCAUCAAAUCUGGCCCUCUUUGAAAAAAGUUUGGACCCCACUGUGCUAGGCUGUUGGAAAAGAAGCAGGGAGAAGUACAGAAGGAAGGCCUUCCCCUCCAAACGGGGGCUCUGCUCCCCACAAUGAGUUCUGCUCAUAGAAUCAUAGAGUUUGAGGGGGACCUCAAGGGUCAUCUAGUCCAACCCCCUGCAGUGCGAUCCAACAUGAGAGCAGGAAGGGUGGACUAAGCAGAUGGAGAGAAGUCAGCCUCCCUCGUACUCCUAGAACGUGGGGAAAGAUCAAUUUCCGUGGAAUGGCAAGGGCUUCAGGGGAAACAGACAUGCAGAAGGGCCUCAUUAUCCAGUUUAACUUACAGAAUCCAUUGCAAUUUAUAAUAAUAAUAAUAAUAAUAAUAAUAAUAAUAAUAAUAAUAAUAAAUUUUAUUUAUAUCCCGCCCUCCCCAGCCGAAGCCGGGCUCAGGGCGGCUAACAACAAUAAAACAGUACAAAAGUACAACACAACACUCUAAAAUCAUUCAUUAUAAAAUUAAAUCAAAUCAAACCAAUGACAACCAUUGGGCCAGAGCUCCGCGAAGAUUGCCAAUGGAGGGAGUCAGGCUGUGCCCUGGCCAAAGGCCUGAUGGAACAGCUCUGUCUUGCAGGCCCUGCGGGAAGAUGUCAAGUCCCGCAGGGCCCUGGUCUCUUGUGACAGAGUGUUCCACCAGAUCGGAGCCAUGGCCGAAAAAGCCCUGGCUCUAGUUGAGGCCAGCCUAACCUCUCUGUGGCCUGGGAUCUUCAUGAUGUUUUUAUUUGAAGACCGUAAGUUUCUCUGUGGGGCGUACCAGGAGAGGCGGUCAACAACAAUUUGAUGUUGUUGUUGUUGUUAUUAUUUGAAUUUAUAUACCACCCUAUACCCUGGGGUCUCAGGGAGGUUCGCAGAACAAAAUCAAAAUCAAAACCAACCAACCAACCAACCUUUAUUAUGGUCCAAAGACCCAACAAAUUGUUACAAAGCAAUGCACAAUUCAGACAGCCUACCUCCAGGUUAAACAAGCAUUCUGUUCAGACUUAAAGAUAGGGAUCAUUGGUUCUUGCAACCACUGAUAAAAACUUCACCACUGCUAAUGUUCUAGCGUUUGUCCGGUCUUCCAAUAGGAACCUGACAUAGUGAGCCUCUGGUUUUCCCGGGAAAGGUACCAGCAAGGGUAAUAUCAGUUCAGCCCUGGCUUGCAAAAUCAAAAUCAAAAACAGUAGUGAUUGCCAUUUUGUUUCCCCCCAAAGUCCCUGUUCCAAGGUGCUUUCUGAAUUUUUGGGAAUUCAAAAUGGUUGCCGCUCACUGGCAGCUACCAUGAUAGUGGGGGGCAGCUGAAUAUAUACAGAGACCCCACAUGCUUCAGCAGAGCAGGCAGUGUUUAGUCAGCAGCUUAUUUUUCUAUUUUACUGUGUUCAAUAUCUCUUCAAAGAAAAAGUAGUGACUGAAGCAGACUCGUUUUAAAAAAAUAUAUUAAUGAGGCUGGUGCAAUUCUGUCCAUCCCUGCUUUUAAUCCUGGACUACUAGGGGAAACAUUUUUUGUGAGUCGUUUCGGUUCAGCCCCACUUGCCCGUCUUAUAGAUCUUGAAACAUUCCCAGUGCCAAGCCAAGUCCCACAGCCAGGGCAGAGCAGAGGUGACUGGUCUGAUUCCUCUGCAAACUCUCUCUCUUUCUGUCCCCGGCAGGGAUUUCACGUCUUGGCUGCUACAUACAACAACGCUGCUCAGCUUUGGAAGGUUGACGACUGCCGUUUCAAGGUGAGAUCAGCUGGGUUCCUUUCGCUUGCGGCGGAGGGGUGCAUUUGUGCGAUGGGAAACUAUUAAGCCAGGUUUCAGGGCCGAGGAAGGAAUCGGAACCCACUCUUUAUUGUGGAAUCGGAGCAAAUGGCAGUCCAUGGGAAAGCUGAAUUGCCAUUUGCUCCAAUUCAGCUGCGGAGAUCGGUUUUUCAUGGGGAAAGCGGCAAGGGCAGGGGGGAACGCCAGCCCUAACAUGUGACAUGAUAAAAGUUUACAAAAUUGUGCCUGGCCUUGAGAAAAAAGAUAGAGAAAAGUUUCCCUCCCUGUCUCGUAGCGCUAGAUCUCAUGGGCACCCAGUGAAGCUGAAUGUUGGAGAUAAAAGACAGUACAGUACUUAACACAGUACAUGGUUAAACUAUGGAACUCCCUGUCACAGGAGGCAGUGAUGGCCACCAAUAUGGAUGGCUUGAAAAGAGGAUUAGACAAAUUCAUGGAGGAGGAGAGGGCUGUCAAUGGCCAUUAGCCAGGAGGGAUAUGCUCUGCCUUUCAGAUCUGAAGGCAGCAGGGAUUCUGAAUCCCAGUUGCUGGAAACCACAGGAAAGGAGAGUUGCACUUGUGCACAAAUUCUGCUUGUGUUAUUUAUUUAUUUAUUUAUUGAAUUUUUAUACCGCUCCAUAUCCAGAGGUCUCAGGGCGGUUCACAGAACAAAAUCAGAAUAUAAAACCACAAUAUAUCUACAAUCAAAAUAAAAACAGAAAGCUAAUAACAACCCCCCUUUAAAAAAAAAGAACCACAUUUUAAAAGGGCAUAGGAUGUCAAUCAGGUCAAUCAAAUGCCUGGUUGAAAAGGAACGUUUGUAUGGGGAGCCACUGCAGAGAAGGCCCCGUUCCUGUGUUGUAUAUACACAAAGUAUCCAAUGUGGUGACAGUAAUAAUAAUACAACAAAACAACACCACCACAGACUGGCUUAUAAGUAUAAAACCAAAUUUACUAGAAUAAUAACUAGAAUAGAGAUAGACUUGUAACCAUUCAAACAACAAACAAACUAUGGUGCCAUGUGCAAGACAAAGCCUGGAGAUAUUGUAAACAUGGAGUGGAUAAAUGUACAACUCUAUCUUGACAAAUUACAUGUGCAGUAAACAUUAUACAGACUGGAUAAAUGAACCGUUCAGCAAGUAGCGUAAGUCCAAUCACAGAACGGCAACCCAGUGCCGCCACAACGGCAAGGGUAGUGCACUGGAGAAUAUGAAAAAGUUUUCCAAAGCUGUUUUUCAAAGAUUGAACUGGAUGAGAUGUUCUUCAAUGGGUCUUGAGUUGGAAACACAAAGCCGUGUGCAUGGAUCAAAUCAAAGCCACCGCCCUGGUGAGAAUAACGCAAGUGGGCAAAAGGAGACCUGUUCUCCGGAUAUAUUACAGGUUUCGCUACACGCUUCAUCAGUCCGAAAAGCCAGUCAUACAAAAUGGUUUGCUCAGGAUAAAGAAAUAUUCACAAGUAUUCUUGUAUUGCCACCCUCUGAACCUCUCAAGGAGGAGGCACACGAAGGGGGUCUCAGAAGAUGAUCUCAGGGUCUGGGUAGGUUCAUAUGGGAAGAGGCGGUCCUUCCGUAAUGGGCCUCUGGUUGGCCACUGUGAGAACAGGAUGCUGGACUAGGUGGGCCGUUCGCCUGAUCCAUCAGGCUCCUCUUAGAGAGCCAGUGUGGUGUAGUGGUUAAGAGCGGUAAUCUCGUAAUCUGGGGAACCGGGUUCGCGUCUCCGCUCCUCCACCUGCAGCUGCUGGGUGACCUUGGGCCAGUCACACUUCUCUGAAGUCUCUCAGCCCCACUCACCUCACAGAGUGUUUGUUGUGGGGGAGGAAGGGAAAGGAGAUUGUGAGCCGCUUUGAGACUCCUUCGGGUAGUGAUAAAGCGGGAUAUCAAAUCCAAACUCUUCUUCUCAGAGCUUCCCUUCUUCGUGUCCGAUAGGAGGAGCACUAAAAAUCAACUAAUCUCUUAACGCCCCCAACUCUUCUCUUGCCUAGGAGGUUCUGACGGGACACACGGACAAAGUGACGGCUGCCAGGUUCAGAGCCACCCGCCACCAAGCUGUGACGGGCAGCCGGGACAGGACAGUGAAGGAGUGGGACUUGACCAAAGGGGCAUGUAAGUGAUGGCCAACUCUUCCAGUGGGGAUGGGGGGCCCUGAUCCAGCAGCACACUAGACAUACAUUAUUAUUAUUAUUAUUAUUUUAAUUUCUAUACCGCCCUAUACCCAAAGGUCUCAGGGUGGCUCACAUAAAGUAUCAAAUACGUAAAAUCAAAACCAACAACCCAAUAAAAAAAAAAAACCCCAAGGAUGCAGCAUUUUAAAAAAGGGUACAGUGGAUGCUCAGGUUGCAAACGUGAUCCGUGCGGGAUGCACGUUUGAAACCCGCAGUGCUCUCAACCCACAGCGGCAUGUCUGCACACACACGGGUUGCGAUUCGGCGCUUCUGCGCAUACACGACCGCCGAAACCCGGAUGUAACCUGUUUCAGUACUUCUAGGUUUCGGCAGUCCGUAACCCAAAAAAGUGCAACCUGAAGCGUCUGUAACCCAAGGUAUGACUGUAUAGGAUAUAGAUCAAGUCAGGCAAAGGCCUGGUUGAAAAGGAAUGUUUUUGCCUGGUGCCUAAAGGCGUAUAGUGAAGGUGCCAGGUGAAAUUCUCUUGGAAGAGCAUUCUGCAGAAGGAGCCACUGCAGAGAAGGCCCCGUUCUUGUGUUGCCACCCUCUGGACCUCUCGAGGAGGAGGCACACGAAGAAGGGCCUUGGAAGAUGAUCUCAGGGUCUGGGUAGGUUCAUAUGGGAAGAGGCGGUCCUUGAGGUAUUGCGGUCCUGAGCCAUUUAAGGCCUUAUAGGUCCAAAGCAGCACUUUGGAUUGGGCCUGGAAACUAGCCUGUUAGCCAGUGCAGUCGGACCAGGAUUGGUGCAAUAUGCUCAAACCGUCUUGCUCCGGUGAGCAACCUGGCCACUGAGUUCUGCACCAGCUGAAGUUUCCAAACCGUCUUCAGAGGCAGCCCUAGGUAUAACGCAGUAAUCUAACCUUAAGGUUAUCAGAGCAUAGACAACAGUAGUUAGACUAUCCCUGUCCUGAUAGGGGCCUAUCUGGGCCACCAGCCGAAGCUGAUGGAAGGCACUCUGGGCCACUGAGGUGACUUGAGCCUUAAGCGACAGCAAAGGAUCCAGGAGGAGCCCCAAGCUACGAACCUGCUCAUUCGGGGCAGUGUAACCCCAUCUAGAGCAGCCAACCUCUCAGCCAUCUGGUCUGAGGAACCACCCACCAACAGUACCUUAAUCUUAUCUGGCUGCAUCCCGGCUGUGUAGUUACAGGGGGGUGAGUCCUAUCCAGAGGCCCAUCUCCUUUCCCUGAUGCGACUGUCUUUGGCUUUUCUGGCAGGCUACAGAACCAUUGAUGUCUUCUCCUAUUGCAACGAUAUUGUGUGUUGCGACACCUUCAUCAUCAGUGGACAUCACGACAAGACCAUCCGUUUCUGGGACAGCAGGUGAGCCCACCAAGCAGCCAGAUGACGAUGCAACCAGAGAGCCAGUGUGGUGUAGUGGUUAAGAGUGGUAGUCUCGUAACCUGGGGAACUGGGUUCGCGUCUCCACUCCUCCACCUGCAGCUGCUGGGUGACCUUGGGCCAGUCACACUUCUCUGAAGUCUCUCAGCCCCACUCACCUCACAGAGUGUUUGUUGUGGGGGAGGAAGGGAAAGGAGAAUGUUAGCCGCUUUGAGACUCCUUAAAGGGAGUGAAAGGCGGGAUAUCAAAUCCAAACUCUUCUUCUCUUCUUCUUCUUCAACCAGGGUUGCGCCUUGUCGUUUGGCGGGGCCUUUUCAGUUGUGGCACCAAUAUUUUUUUCAUUACUUGGUAAAACCUGCACACCAGCUGAUGGUUAUUUUAAAAAAUGCAUCAAAAUGGUUUACAAAGAGAAUGAAACAAUGAAUGUUUGGUAAAAGCAACUGAAAUGAUAAAAUAAGCAGUAAACUAAAAGCAAGCAUUCUACAUAUCUGGCUAGGCUUUGUCCAACCAAAAAUGUUUUAAGCGAGUGCCAAAAAGAGAACGGUGAUGUCAAUAGGCAGGGAGUUCCAGAGUGUCAUACUGAAAGACUGAUUUCUUUGAAAUGAAGAACCGCCGUUAUUUGGUACUGCUGGUUUCUGCAUCUUGUCCAAUGUCUUCCCAAUGAAGAUCUAGGCUCCAUCUUCAUGCUCUUUCUUCCUUCUUGUCAGAAUGAGGGCUGCUGGGCUUUCCCUCAUCUGCUCAGAUGGGGACUGAAUCCUCCUCUCCUCUUCCCAUAUUUCUCUUUUUAUUUUUAAACAUAAUUUUUAUUGAUUUUUUCUGUAUUUCAUCAUAAUUCCAUACACAUAUUCACAACUUAUAUUAUUUGCUCAUAUUGAGCCUUGACUUCCUUCCAUCUUUCUUUCUGGCAUCCCUAUAGCAUUUGACAUCUAUCUCAUUUUCAUAGUCACUUUUUAUCAUAUAAUAACAUUAAAAAAAUCACAUUCUUAUUUAUAAAUCAGUCAUAGUUCCUCAUUACAAAACAUAUCGCAUUAAUGCUACAAACGUUUUCAUGUAAGUACAAUUUUCUUUCAAGUAAUAAAUAAAUUUGCUUCAGUCCUUUUGGUAUUUUUCUUCGGGUCGGUUCCUAAUUCUCCCUGUCAGCUUUGCCAACUCCACAAAUUCCACCAUCUUAGUUCUCCAAUCUUCCAGAGUAGGGAGUUCCUGCUGUUUCCACCUUUGCGCCAGGAGAAUUCUCGCUGCCGUUGUGGCAUACAUAAAUAAAUUUAUAUCUUUCUUAUGAAUUUCUUCAUUAAUUAUUCCUAAUAAUAUUUCUCAUUGCAUCUGGUCGGCUCGGUAAGAAAUGGAUGCAAGACUAGAUGGGCCUUCAUUCUCGUCCAGCUUCAGAGCUCUAUUUAUUUUCAAGUUUCCCAGUUUAAGAUGCAUCUGAUGCUCCCAUCCACAUAUAAUAAUAAUAAUAAUUAAUAAUAAUAUUUAUACUCUGCCCAUCUGGCUGGGUUUCCCCAGCCACUCUGGGCAGCUUCCAACAAAAUAUUAAAAUACAGUAAUCUAUCAAACAUUAAAAGUUUCCCUAAACAGGGCUGCCUUCAGAUGUCUUCUAAAAGUCUGGUAGUUGUUUAUUUCCUUGACAUCUGGUGGGAGGGCUUUCCAUAGGGCAGGUGCCACCACCGAGAAGGCCCUCUGCCUGGUUCCCUGUAGCCUCAUUUCUCACAAUGAGGGAAGCGCCAGAAGGCCCUCGGCGCUCGACCUCAGUGUCCGGGCUGAACGAUGGGGGUGGAGAAGCUCCUUCAGGUAUACUGGGCCGAGGCCGUUUGGGGUUUAAAGGUCAGCACCAACACUUUGAAUUGCGCUUGGAAAUGUACUGGGAGCCAAUGUACGUACUGGGAGCUUAUUCUAUAAUACAUUUGUUAGUCUUCAACGUGCCAAGGCUCUAAAAGGUAAAGGUAAAGGAUCCCUGUACGGUUAAGUCUAGUCAAAGGUGACUAUAGGGUUGCGGCUCUCAUCUCGCCUUUGGGCCAAGGGAGCCGGCGUUUGUCCACAGACAGCUUUCCGGGUCAUGUGGCCAGCAGGACUAAACCGCUUCUGGUGCUACGGAACACUGUGAUGGAAACCAGAGUGCAUGGAAACGCCGUUUACCUUCCCAUUGCAGUGAUACCUAUUUAUCUACUUGCACUGGUGUGCUUUCGAGCUACUAGGUUGGCAGGAGCUGGGACAGAGCAAUGGGAGCUCACCCUGUCACGGGGAUUCGAACUGCCGACCUUCCGAUUGGCAAGCCCAAGAGGCUCAGUGGUUUAGACCACAGUGCCACUCUCUAUCCCCAUCCUGCCUCUCAUUUAUUACUGCUGCUGUCUUUGUUCUCGGCUGGGUCAAAGAGUGGUUUGGUGCUGUUAUUGUUUUUUACCAUCAUCGUUUAUUUGUCUGCCGCCUUUCCAUAUUUAAAACUAUGCUCGAGGCAGCUUACAACAUGGAAACAUGGGCAUAAUUACAAAACUAUAAGCAAAGUAGUCAUAGAAUCAUAGAAUCAUAGAGUUGGAAGAGACCACAAGGGCCAUCGAGUCCAACCCCCUGCCAAGCAGGAAACACCAUCAGAGCACUCCUGACAUAUGGUUGUCAAGCCUCUGCUUAAAGACCUCCAAAGAAGGAGACUCCACCACACUCCUUGGCAGCAAAUUCCACUGUCAAACAGCUCUUACUGUCAGGAAGUUCUUCCUAAUGUUUAGGUGGAAUCUUCUUUCUUGUAGUUUGGAUCCAUUGCUCCGUGUCCGCUUCUCUGGAGCAGCAGAAAACAACCUUUCUCCCUCCUCUAUGUGACAUCCUUUUAUAUAUUUGAACAUGGCUAUCAUAUCACCCCUUAACCUCCUCUUCUCCAGGCUAAACAUGCCCAGUUCCCUUAGCCGUUCCUCAUAAGGCAUCGUUUCCAGGCCUUUGACCAUUUUGGUUGCCCUCCUCUGGACACCUUCCAGUUUGUCAGUGUCCUUCUUGAACUGUGGUGCCCAGAACUGGACACAGUACUCCAGGUGAGGUCUGACCAGAGCAGAAUACAGUGGCACUAUUACUUCCCUUGAUCUAGAUGCUAUACUCCUAUUGAUGCAGCCCAGAAUUGCAUAAGUCGUAAGCAAUAAAUAAAAUCAAAAGUGAAACAAUCCCCACCUAAGUCAUAAUAAGAUACAAAAACAUUACUAUUGGUAACAGCAUAAUUAACACCUCUGGUUCUUGGGCCAGGCUUAUUGAGUUGUUUAUAUUCUCACGAUCAUGUGAAGCUCUUUAAGCUGAGUUGACCAAUCCAGCACAGUGGGAGGCGGAGGAAUAACCUCAUCUAAGAUUAACCCGUUCAGGUCCCUCUUUCUCUCUUCCUUUUGAAGAAAAUAAUGAGUAAUUUUACUCUGUCUCCUUCUGGGGAACUGAUUAACGGGACUGGCAUGAUUCCCAGAUCUUUACAGAUCUUUCUAGUACGUACCAUAGUAAAUGUAGUUGGUUAUCGACAGUUUGCUGAAGUCAAUUAUCUCCAAAUACGUUGGCCCUGAAUUUACAGGGCCAGAGUCAGUGCCAUCCAGCAGAAAAAAAACCACUUUGGGGGUUCACUGUAGCUGCCACUUGGGCUCGCUGGCAACUCUGAUGAUUAGGGUGUUCCUCUUCCUUAAUUUAUAGCUUGUCUCUAAUAAAGUUUGACAUGUGCUCAGCCCAGCCCAGCCCAGCUUAUUGUUGCCUCGCAAUAUGGGGGAGUUAGAGCAGUAAAAUAACGAGAUAAAACAAUAUUAAAACAACAGGACGCAGCACUAGAGGAAGCACUAAAAAAAGUUUAAAAGUACAGUGGUACCUCUGGAUGCGAACGGGAUCCGUUCCGGUGCCCCGUUCGCAUCCUGAAGUGAACGCGUCUGCACGUUCGCGGGUCGCGAUUCGCCACUUCUACGCAUGCGCGUGACGUCAUUUUGAGUGUCUGCACAUGCACGAGCGGCGAAACCCGGAAGUAACGCGUUCCAUUACUUCCGGGUCGCCGCAGAGUGCAACCUGAAAAUGCUCAACCUGAAGCAGCUUUAACCCGAGGUAUGACUGUAAAACGGAAGAGAGGGAUAAAAACAAGUACUGAGGGUUGAUUAUAGGAGCAUAAAACUUGCCUUGAAAUGAGCCUUAGAGCUGAAGACCCUCCUUCCUCCAUUUUCCUCUCGUAAAUCACUGCUUAACACCUCCGAAAUUAAAACCUGACCCCUCAACAAACCUCCCUAAGCAAUACCCCUAACUUGGAAUUCCUGUAUUGCAGGGGGUUGGACUAGAUGACCGCUGAGGGACUUCCAACUCUACAAGUCUCUGAGGGCUGCAAAAUCUCUUCCCUUCCCCACCAGCCUCUUAAUAGACAAGCAACAGGUUGCUGUUACUGCUGCUGCUAUUUCGGUGCCUCACCUUCCCUAUUUAUAGCUGCUGUCCUUUGACGGGCUUGUACUGCGUGUGACCCCCCCCCCCCAACCGCCUCUCCUUUGUUACGGAGUUCUUGUUCUGUGAAUCAGGAAGGUCAGGAUGCUAAUGGAUGUCCUGCUGUUUUGCCUGCAUCCCUAUGUGCUCAGAGUGCCAUUCUCACAGAGGAGAGAGAUCCUUAACUGAAAAGAAAAGGUCUGUGUGUGACGCCCCGAGCCAGGGAGAUGCUUUUGUUGUUUAGUCAUUUAAAAAACCUUUUAACCAAGGAAACAGGAACUUUCUUUACAAAAUUGAUAUACAGCUUGAUCGUUAAAACAAACAAACCUCAAACUGGUUUAUAACCCAAAUUUGUCAGGUUAACAAAAAGAGUAAAACAAUGCAACUGUUAGUAAAAACAAUCAAAACAUUCAAAAAGUGAAUUCCAAAUGCCAUUAAAAUUGGAAUUCAUUUUUAUAAACAGUGUAUUAGGUUAAGUUUGUUGUUGUUGUUUAGUCGUGUCCAACUCUCCGUCACCCCAUGGACCAAAGCACACCAGGCACUCCUGUCUUCCACUGCCAGUUUGGUCAAACUCAUGCUGGUAGCUUCGUGAACACUGUCGUCCCCUUCUCCUUGUGCCCUCCGUCUUUCCCAACAUCAGGGUCUUUUCCAGGGAGUCUUCUCUUCUCAUGAGGUGGCCAAAGUCUUGGAGCCUCAGCUUCAGGAUCUGUCCUUCCAGUGAGAACUCAGGGCUGAUUUCCUUAAUUAUGGAGAGGUUGGAUCUUCUUGCAGUCCAUGGGACUCUCAAGAGUCUCCUCCAGCACCAGAAUUAAAAAGCAUCCAUUCUUUGGCGAUCAGCCUUCUUUAUGGUCCAGCUCUCACUUCUAUAUAUCACUACUGGGAAAACCAGAGCUUUUACUAUACGGACCUUUGUUGGCAAGGUGAUGUCUCUACUUUUUAAGAUGCUGUCUAGGUUUGUCAUUGCUUUUCUCCCAAGAAGCAGGCGUCUUAUAAUUUCGUGGCUGCUGUCACCAUCUGCAGUGAUCAUGGAGCCCAAGAAAGUAAAAUUUCUCACUGCCUCUGGGAGAUGCUGGGGGGCUGCAUUUCAUCUGCCCGGCUACCAGCCCUGCCUCUUCCAUUGCCGCAAAGGGAUAUCCUUCCUGGAGACUCUAAUUCAGUGACUCCCAAUUAGCUGAGCACUACAGAUCCCCUGUUUUCCAAAAGCCAAGCUAUGAACUCUCUACUUCUGAAGAUGUGGAUAUCUCUGCAGUAGUUUUUGUUCCGUUAAUGGUUCCACAAAAACCCUCCAACAUGUUUCAGCGCAAAACGCAGGGCGCUGGAAUGUCAUGGGGAGAAAGAGGGAGGGAGGGAAGCACGCUCCUCAUGUCGACCAGCUUUGGGAUGUCCAGAAUUACUAUGCAAAUUAUCUGAAGAAGUGUGCGUGCAUACGAAAGCUCAUACCAAUAACAAACUUAGUUGGUCUCUUUUUUUAAUUUUUAUUGAUUUUAACAUAUAAAUUAUAAAAUGUACCACAAAACUUAUCAUUUAUACAAUCUUUUUAGACUUCCAUCAGCACUUCUGAUGAUCCACCGUUUUAACCACUUCUUAUGCAUUUCUUAACUUUAUAUUGCCUUUACAUCUCUUAACAAAUCAUCCUUCCCCUUCUCCAAUUUUGCAAUACUUCCAAUAAUAAGUAGUCCGUAAAUUUACUCCAGUCUUCCAUGAAUUUAUGGUCCCAAGGUUUCGAAUCCUUCCUGUUAGUUUAUCUAGUUCUGCAUAGUCCAUUAACUUCAUUCUCCAUUCUUCAAUCAUUGGUAAUUCUUCUUGCUGUUGGUUUCUAUUUCCCUCACUGAGCAGCAACUGCAGUCACAAGACAUUGUUUUGCAUUCCACAGUCUGUACUGUUGGUGUUUCUCACGGGAAAGGGAGACUGGAUGUGACGUACACUGGUUUCCUGUUUUUUCACUCUGUUUAUUUUCUCGCCAAGCUGUUGAGGAGAGAGGAGGCAUUUCUCUGCUCUGGCAGAGGCAAGAUGUCUUUCUGUAAUAUACCUGCUUUGAACUGUAAAUAAAGCAAUAAAGAGUAUGCAGCACGUAUUCUCAUCCUUCCGUUGGGCACGACAGACUCUGCUUUAAAUCAACACGUGGUUAUGGGCCCAGAGGUCGAAUCGGAGUGCCGGCAGAUCGGAAUGCAGAGGGACGGAUCGGAAAGGAAUCUGCUCUGCGCGUAGAAGUGAUUGAUGAGGUAUGUGCUACUGCUCCGGGCAGCCUGCCAGCUUCAAGAUAAUGGCUUUAUGGCUGGACUUUGAACUUUUAAAGCCGGUUUUGCGGAAUAGGCAAAAGGCUCCCAGGCACAAGUCACUAUGCUGGGGAAAUCGAAAGUAACUUUUAAGUGUGCCUUUGUAAUGAGGCAGCUGCAGCAGUGACGCAGCAAGAUUUAAAGCAGCAUAUGACGCUUAAGGCAAAUGCCAGAGUCUUGAUGGCCCUUCAGGAUGCUUGUGGGAUUCCUAAGCUCAACAAGAAGAAUUACAGCGACUGGGUUCAGUAUGCAGAGGCAAUUCUGCGGAAAGAGGGUUUGUUUGAGGUGAUUACAGGAACCCCCCCAGUUCCAGUUACAGAUGCAUGGGAAGCUAAGGAUUCCAAAGCAAGGGGAACUCUUAUAUUGAUAGUAUCCCCAGAAGAGCUCUGUCUAUUGCGUGAUAAGACCUCAGCCAGAGAAAUUUGGGACGCUCUGAGAGAGGCUCACUUAAGGACAGAAGCUGGAUCCACUAUGUUUUAUUUUAACAAGCUGCAUAAUAUGGCUCUUGCUGAAGGUGGAGAUGUGCGUUUACAUCUGAUGGAGAUGCAAAAUCUGAGACAUGAGCUGCAACAGAGAGGACUCAACUUUCCAGAGGCUGUGUAUUCUUUCAUGAUACUACAAUCUUUGGGUUCAGGUUGGGAGUCUGUUGCAACCCAGAUUGCUGUGCAACCAACUGCUCAGCUGACAGUGGACUUUGUUACUGCCGUGAUUUUAAAUGAAGCAGAUCGCCGGGUGCUAACUGCAUGGGCAAGGGGAGUCUUCACAGACGUCAUCCCAUAGUGCAGUGGAACCACCAGAUGGCGCCAAAGCUUUGAAGGCAGUGAAAUGCUACUCGUGUGGACGUCUAGGCCAUAUGAAGAGGGAAUGCAGACAUCCCAGGGCCAAGACAGAGCAGCGCAGCGAAAGCUCAUCGCGCGGAAAAGGCCGAGGCAAAGGCAAAGGUCCGGUGUCUAGGACAACGCAGCACAAGGCUAUGGUUUCACGCUUCACUCCAAAGGUUGCAGAGGUCCAGAAGACGUCUAGAUCUUUCUUCGUUGUUGAUUCAGCGGCCACCCACCACAUGUGCAACGAUAAGAAACUGUUUGUGUCUUUUACACCGCAGGAAGGUGCGAUUCACCAGGCGGAUGACCACACUAUUCCCAGUAAAGGCUACGGAACUGUUGUUCUUCACAGUUUGGACUUAUCGAUACAGAAUGUGCUUUACGUGCCAGACGCCAAACAUAAUCUGCUCAGCGUUGGACAGCUGAAUGAGCGGAACAUUGACGUAUCCUUCAAGAACAAGAAGUGCAUCAUCACAAAGAAAAAUGAUUAUGUAUUGCAUGCAGAAUAUGUUGAUCAUUUGUUUGUUUUGUAUUAUGAUGAUGUGGUGCAGGAUGACACUUGUUGCAUUGCAGGUUCUAACAAAAGUUUGCAUGCAGAAUGUAUUCACGCUUUUCAUCGCAAAUUUGGUCAUUUGCAUUUUGAGGCAGUAUCUAAAAUGCCUACCUUGGUAGAAGGUAUGACUAUUAAACCCUGCAGGUACCACAUGAAGUGCAAAGCAUGCGCAGCAAACAAGGUGAAAAUGGCUGCGAAAGGUAAGGUGUCUAGUAGGAAAGCUACAGAACCAUACCAGGUUGUUCAUGCUGAUUUGGUUGGACCACUUGCGCCCUCUUUGGGUGGAAAUAGAUACUUCAUGGUUCUCAUUGAUGCAUUUUCUAGAUAUAUUUUUGUGUACAAUCUCAAGCAGAAAUCGGAGGCUUUUCCUAGGUUCAAGGAAUUCUGUGCUUGGUUGGAAAAUGUGCAUGGUAAGAAGAUAAAGACUCUUUUCAGUGAUCGCGGGGGGGAAUUCACUUCUCAGCAGUUUGAAGCUUUUCUGACUGAGAAAGGAAUUCAACACGAUUUGUCUAGUCCUCGCUCGCCAUGGCAGAAUGGACUUGCGGAACAGGCAAAUCGAACAUUGCUUCAAGGAUUAAAAACCUUGCUGCAUGAUGCCAAUCUUCCAGAGAGUUAUUGGGCCGAAUCUCUCUCGUGUUUUGUUUACAGUUACAAUCGCAGGUUAUCUUCAGCGAUUGGUUGUACCUCUAUGAGAAGAUGUUUGGCAAGAAGCCAUACAUCAAACACAUGAAGAUUUUUGGUUCUGACAUGUGGGUUCACUCACCACAAAACUCCAAGUUAGACAAGCGUGGAUUGCAUGGUAUCUUUCUAGGUUAUCAGAAAGGGUCUUACAGAAUAAUGAUGACUGACUCUAAGACAAUUAAGCUCACGAGAAGUGUUGAGUACAAUGCAAAGUGGGGGAGAAUGUGGGAAUUUUCCAAUGUUAUCCUGAUGACGGUGAUGAGACUGAGGAUAGUCAAAAGCAACCACAACAGCCCACACCCACUGAUGAAGGUUCUGAGUCUGAAUCUGAAAUUGAAUCGGGUGAUUCAGAGGAUUUCAAGAGUGCGAAAGCCUCUAUGCGACCCUCUGAAAGCUCUGAUCAAGAAUUGGAGGAACCAUUGUUCACAAUAGGUCGUUUUUCUCCUAAGAAGGAAGAGGAGAGUGUUGAAGACUUAAGGAUAAUUCGUAGGUCACAGAGAGCCACAAAAGGCAAACCUCCAAAGAGAUUUGCUGAUGAGUAUGCUAAGAUAGCAGUAACAGCUGUUAAAAGCUCCAAGAAGGUAUUUGAACCUUCAAGUUUCCAAGAAAUCCAGGGUUUGGAUUCAAAAGAAGCUAAGCCAUGGUUAAAUGCCAUGAAGGCUGAGCUUGAUUCCUUAGAAAGGAACAAAACAUGGGAGCUAGUUCCAGUAGUUCCAGGAAUGAAACUGCUUGGAGCAAAUGGGUCUUCAAAGCGAAGACAGAUCAAAAUGGCAAGAUAGUCAGACACAAAGCCAGAUUGGUAGCCAGAGGUUUUGCACAGGUACCAGGUGAAGACUAUCACGAGACCUAUUCACCCACAGUGAGAUAUGAAAGCAUUAGGCUUAUGCUCAAGCUAGCUGCAGAGGAAAAUCUACACAUUAGUCACCAUGAUAUUAAUACAGCUUUUCUGUACGGAUCUCUAAAUGAAUCACUUUAUAUGCUUCCACCUGAUGGCGUACAGGUAAAACAGGGAUUUGUUUGUGCUCUGAAGAAAUCCCUUUAUGGUCUCAAACAAAGUGCACGGUGUUGGCACACAAAACUCACUGAAGUAUUGUUUUCUCUAGGUUUUCAGCAAGGGAAAGCUGAUCCAUGUGUAUUUGUCAAAGAGGAGGGGCAAAAGAAACUGUACUGUUUGUUUUAUGUUGAUGAUUUAUUAUUCUUUUGGAAAGAUGUUGCAAUGUACAAUAGCGCCCUAGCUCAACUGAAAGAGCACUUUGACAUGAAAGAUCUUGGUGAGGUAAACAACUACCUAUCUCUGGAAAUAGAGAGAGAUCAAGAUGGUAACAUUCUAGUACACCAGUCACGGAAAAUUGCUGAUGUGUUAAGCAAACUAAAUCUGAUGGAUGCUAACCCUGUAGACACACCGAUGACAACAGGUUAUCAGGUAGAUGACACUGAAGAAGCAUUUUCUGACACUACACUGUACAGGAGUGUGCUAGGCAAGCUAAACUUCAUUGCCAGAUGUUCAAGACCAGACAUUGCUGUUAGCUGUAAUUUGCUAAGCAGACAAGUCAACAAUCCUAGUGUCAAGGAUUGAAAGCUCUGAAACGCAUAGCGCGGUAUUUGAAAGGCACUAUGCAUUACAGACUGAGAUUUAACAAUCAGAAGUCUGGUGGUCUUGAGAUAUUUGCAGAUGCAAGUUUUGGAAGUGACACCACAGACAGGAAAAGUACGUCUGGAGUUUGCUAUAUGUACAAUCAGAGUCUGUUUGAUUGGUCAUGCAAGAAGCAAACAACAGUUAGCUUAAGUACUUGUGAAGCCGAACUGAAUGCACUGUCUUAUUCACUUAAGGAUUGUGAAUGGUUAGUACAAUUGUGCAAAGAUAUGAAAAUUCCUGUCAAAUGUCCAAUCCAGGUUUACCAGGACAACAAAGCAUGUUUGGCUUUGCUGAAGUCUGAAGGUUGUAAGCUAAAGCACAAAGCACUUGCAAUUAAAGUUGCAGCAUGCUAGGGAAUGUAUUCAAAAGGGACUCGUAACGGUGUCCUAUAUGCCAGGUAAUGAAAUUCCUGCUGAUGUAUUGUCCAAGAUUGUAUCAAGGGAUCAACACUGUACCUAUGUGCAGAAGUUGGGUUUGUACUGAUAUUGUACGACCCCGCGGCCCAGUGAGGUUCGCUGAAGGGCGGAGGCGGUUGGUUUCUAUUUCCCUCACUGAGCAGCAACUGCAGUCACAAGACAUUGUUUUGCAUUCCACAGUCUGUACUGUUGGUGUUUCUCACGGGAAAGGGAGACUGGAUGUGACGUACACUGGUUUCCUGUUUUUUCACUCUGUUUUUUUUCUCUCCAAGCUGUUGAGGAGAGAGGAUGCAUUUCUCUGCUCUGGCAGAGGCAAGAUGUCUUUCUGUAAUAUACCUGCUUUGAACUGUAAAUAAAGCAAUAAAGAGUAUGCAGCACGUAUUCUCAUCCUUCCGUUGGGCACGACAGACUCUGCUUUAAAUCAACACUUGCUUCCAUUUUUGGGCCAGACAAACUUAGUUGGUCUCUAAGGUGCUACUGGAAUAAUUUUUUUUUUAUUUUGUUUCGACUACAGCAGACCGACACGGCUGCCUACCCAUAUGCAAAUUAUGUUAAUGACAUGCAAAAUAAGUCCACUAAUUGCUUGCAGCUGUCUGGCUAUUAAUAUGUUUGUACUAUGUAAUCCUCAGUGUUAAAUAAACUUCCUGGUGUUGUUGUUGUUGUUUUUAAAAUCAUUAUUAUGCAUCAUUCCUUAAUUAAUUCAUUCUUUUAGAUACCACUUAAUGCCAAAAUAGGUGUCUAAGCGGUUUAUAAAAAAACCAGUUCUGCAAACGUUAAAGUAAAAACCUGCAAUUAAAAUACGCGCAGAUAGAAGGAAUUUCAUGAAAACAUUAAAAUAUAAGCAUCUGUGAUUUAAAAUAUGCAAAUAAACCAACCCUAUGAAAAACAACACAGCAAUUUAAACAGGAGACUUUGGUCCAGAGUACUUGAACCAGUAGGGACACCCCUGGAAACGGGCAGAAUUCCACUCCAGAACAUCAUAUUUCAUCAGAUGUUCAAUGACGACAUGGUAACUCCACAAUGCGCCCUGCCAUCUUCUUCCUCCAGAGAUCCCCGCUGCACACAGGUGAUCCCUGUGGAAGGCAAGGUGACUUCCUUGAGCAUCAGUCCCGAUCAGAUGCACCUACUGAGCUGCUCCAGGGACAACGCCCUCAAAGUCAUCGACCUUCGAAUGCACAACAUCCGGCAGGUCUUCAGGUGAGGAACCAGGGGGCGGGUACCUGGGCAGCACCGAGCCAAAUCAACAGGAGGUCAGGCUUGGACAUGGGAGGGCUCUCUCUCUUUGGCGAUCCCUCGUAGCCGAGUAAGAUUGUCUUCCAUAAACAGGGUUUUAACAAUGAGUUCGUAAGUGACGGUGGAGGCCAAUUCUGGAUCCACACGUCCUUCCAAAGUGGGGACCUAGGUUUCCGGGUGGGAGUUAGUGACGGUGAGGGUUUGCCAAGCGUGCCUUCCUCUUAGCACGCUUCUCCCUUGCGUCCUGAGUUCAAGUGUCUUCAAAGCCCAUGACACCUUUGGUAAAGGCUGUUCUCCAACUGGAGCACUCGCAGGCCAGUGUUUCCCAAUUGUUGGUGUUUAUACUACAUUUUUUUUAGAUUUGCCUUGAGACAGUCUUUAAACCUCUUUUGUUGACCACCAGCAUUACGCUUUCCAUUUUCAAGUUCAGAAUACUGUAGAGUAGUUGCUUUGGAAGAUGAUCAUCAGGCAUCCGCACAACAUGACCAGUCCAACGAAUUUGAUGUUGAAGAAUCAUUGCUUCGACACUGGGAACUUUGCCUCUUCCAGUGCAGAGCCCAUUAGGCUCAACUUAGUCAGGUGCCCAUCACCUUGAUUCCAGACUCAGUUCCCAUCUGUAAAAUGGGAACAUUGUGACCCAUCUACAUAGGCCUGUUUUGAGGUGGAAUGUGACAAGGGCUGCAUCCAGACAUUUACCAGUGUUGGGAUGCCAGAGCUGAAUCUGUGCAGGAUCAGGCCUUCCAUAAGACUUUCAGGAUCAUGUAGGUUUCAGGUGUGCAUUCGUGACAUGGCUUGCUUGCACAGGGGGGAAUCUUGCAUGCAGAUAAGUGCCACAGAUGAUAAGAUAUAAGAUAAGAUAAGAUAAGAUAAGAUAAGAUAAGAUAAGAUGAGAUAAGAUGAGAUAAGAUAAGAUGCCGCCCAGCCACUCUAAGUGGCUUCCAACAAAGAUUAAAAAUACAUUACAACAUCAGUCAUUAAAAACGUCCCUAAGCAGGGCUGCCUUCAGAUGUCUUCUAAACAUCAGGUAGUUGUUUAUUUCUUUGACAUCUGAUGGGAGGGCGUUCCACAGGGCAGGUGCCACUACCAAGAAGGCCCUUUUGUGACUCCUUCAGACCAGCUGCUUGGCAGGAUGUGAAACUCAGAUAUUAGCAUCAUUGGAUUUGAGUAUAACCACAGGAACUGGCUCAAAAACGAGAGUCCUCUCCAAGUUUAAUGGCAGAACUACACAACAUGAGGGUACCAGGAAGUUCCCAGCCCUGCAUGAUCCUGAUUGUGCUCAUGGAAGAAGGGGGACCAUUUUCAGAGAACUAUCAGGCUUGGAGGAGAGUUGAUCUUCCCACCCACCCACCUUCUUUGCAACCCCCUCCCCAUCUCUGCAUCUGUAGCUGUGAGUUCAGCACGUUCCUCUGCCAAAACAACGCGUCGUUCAUUUCACCCCAACUCAAAACUGAACAUGGACCUAUCAGGUUGAGAAUUAAAGUUGCUGGCAAGAUAUUUUCCAUCCAGGACUCGGCUAUCAGCGUCAGGGCCUGCUGCCUUCAAAGAAGAAGCUAGAAGCACCCAAAAUAUUCUUUAGCUCAGAUUGCAGUUGAAGUCGGAAAAGAAUUUCUGGCUUCUCCUUGGUUUGUGGAAAGAGCUCAGCCUGUUUCCGAACCAAACCUGCAGGCAGUUUCUCAUUUCUGUUCCUAACAGGGAUGGAUUUUUAAGAUCCUUUGGUUAUCGGAUAUCACAGGAAAAUCUGACCAGUAUGUAAGUCAUUGAAACAUGUGUACCUGGAUGAGAUGUCUCACUUUCUGUUUGCACGGAGUUGGCGAGGGUUCACGACCACCUUUUUGUUUCCAUAGGGCUGAGGGAUUCAAGUGCGGUUCUGAUGGGACCAAAGCAGUAUUCAGGUGAGUCUCUGGCGCUUUGGAGUAAACAGGUAAGGGGAUCAUCCAGCUUUCCCCAGCCAGCCUGGUAACUUUCAGAUGAUUUUCACUACAACCGGUGCCGGAUUUACAUAUAAGCCAAACAAGUUAUAGCUUAGGGCCCCACUCACUUGGGGACCCCAAAAAAUUUAAAGGAAAAAAACACCAGGUUGUACAUUUCCAAAAUAUAAGACAGAAAACAGAUAAAAUAAAACCUACAUACAGCAACAGUGUUUUGUGUUGUGUAGGCUCCUGUGAUGUAAGUCAUGGGCCCCGCCUGCUAGCCUGCUCCCUAAAGUAUCACUGGUUUGCUCCUUUCUAUAUAUAGGGUGCCUACAUUCUGCAUGGACUGGUUGUAAGGCAACCUGUGCAAAUGGCUUUAGAUACCUGUUAGGUCCAUAAAUUGCCAUCUAGCAUAUAUACAACACAAAAAACUGCGACAAUUUCUUGUUGACAAAGGACAGCUGGACAUAUAAAGGGCUCCAUUACCUUCGGUAGCUGAGGGCCUCAUCAAAACUAAAUCUGGCCAUGGAACCAGGUAUUCCUCUUCUCCUUCAUCCCCCUGAUUGACAGACGUUCCUUCCCUCUUUCUGCAGCCCUGAUAAAAGCUAUGCCCUGGUUGGCUCCGCAGACGGCGCUCUCUACCUGUGGAACAUGGAGACGGGGAAGCUAGAGACCAGCCUGCCUGGAGUGCACAGGUGAGAACCUUCUAGGGGUUGCAGCCUGCCAAAAUCCAGAUUUUUUUGAAAAAAGAGCCCCUAUUCUCUCAGGCUGUCAUUUCCCCAACACACUUAGCUUUAACAAGAGUACAGAACCAUGCCAUCUGCCGAAAGGACACUUACGUGCAUUUAACGUGCGCGAUUCCAACUGUGCUCUUGAAGGCAGGCUGGUUGAACUUGUGCAAGUCAAAUUAUCCAAGCAAGGCAAAGAGCUUAAAAGGUCACAGAAUCACAAAGUUGGACGGGAUCAUCCGAGAUUCAUCUAGUUCUACCCCCUGCAAUGCAGGAAUAUUCAGCUGUCCCAUACGGGGAUCAAACCUGCAACCUUGGUAUUAUCAGUACCAAGCUCAAACCAACUGAGCUAUCCGUUUGGGGUUACCCGGUGCUUAAAAAGCUUUGAAGGUCUCUGCUUUGCUUGGAUGAUGCGACUUGCAUGAUUUGACUUGUGCAAUUUCAACCAGCCUGUCUUCAAUGCGCGAGGCCCACUCGGUGCGCAUCGGAGGCCACUGUCCCCUAGGAAAUUUCUUUCCUGUCCUGGCACUGCUCACAGCUGCAACCUGGCCCCACUUAGCCAUCCUAGAGGGAAGCGUGACCGCUUGACUAUAAAAACAACCUCAAAGCAAAAACAAUAAAGUUAUCAAUAAGAAAAACGAACAGCGAGAUAAUGCAAAACUUUCAAAAAUGAAAAUAACUAUCGGCUAAAAAAAUUAAAGCACACAUUGAUUUUCUAAACAUCCAGGUAGAUCUGUCUAAACAAAAAUGUUAUUAGUGGGCACUGUAAUAAGUACAGCGAAGACGCCUGCCUGACAUCAAGAGGCAGGGAGUUCCACAGCCACAUGGCGGAACGGGUGUUUUGCAGCGCCUGUAGCAGUGCCCGUUCCGCCGGUUGAAGUGGUUGAGUCGCCACAUGCGGUGGGAGGUGAUCUCAUAGGUAACCUGGUCCCAAAGUGUUAAGGCAGCGGCUCCCCGUCUGUGGAAUGCUCUCCCCAGAGAAGUUCACCUGGUGCCUUCAUUAUACACCUUCAGGCGCCAGGCAAAAAUGUUCCUUUUUAACCAGGCUUUUGGUUGAUCUUAUUGACAUCCUAUGCCCUGGUGGGGUUUUUUGGUGGGGGGCUAUUGGGUUGUUCUUUUUAUUUUUACUAUGUAUUUUGUGGUUUUAGAUCUUGAUUUUAUUCUGUGAACCGCCCCGAGACCCCCAGGCGCUGUGGUCUAAACCACUGAGCCUCUUGGGCUUGCUGAUCAGGUCGGGCGGUUCAAAUCCCCGCUAUGGGGUGAGCUCCCAGCCCCUGCCAACUUAGCAGUUCGAAAGCACACCAGCACAAGUAGAUAAAGAGAUACCGCUGCGGCAGGAAGGUAAAUGGUGUUUCCAUGUGCUCUAGUUUCCAUCACAGUGUUCCGUAGCACCAGAAGCGGUUUAGUCCUGCUGGCCACAUGACCCGGAAAGCUGUCUGUGGACAAACGCUGGCUCCCUCGUCCUGAAAGCAAGAUGAGCUCCACAACCCCAUAGUUGCCUUUGACUGGACUUAACCAUCCAGGGGUCCUUUACCUUUUUUUUUGCCUAGAAUUUGUGGACAUUUGUGAUAUAGGGCGGUAUAUAUAUAAAUAAUAAUAAUAAUUGUAAAGGUAAAGGGAUCCCUGACCAUUAGGUCCAGUCGUGGCCGACUCUGGGGUUGCAGCGCUCAUCUCGCUUUACUGGCCGAAGGAGCCGGCAUACAGCUUCCGGGUCAUGUGGCCAGCAUGACUAAGCUGCUUCUGGCGAAGCAGAGCAGCGCAUGGAAACGCCGUUUACCUUCCCGCCGGAGUGGUACCUAUUUAUCUACUUGCACUUUUGAUGUUCUUUCGAACUGCUAGGUUGGCAGGAGCAGGAACCGAGCAACGGGAGCUCACCCCAUCGCGGGGAUUCGAACCGCCGACCUUCUGAUCGGCAAGUCCUAGGCUCUGUGGUUUAACCCACAGCGCCACCCACGUCCCUAAUAAUGUAGCAUCCUCUUAAUAUGGUCCAAGGAGUGGGUGUGAUAUGUCAUCAUGGUGCCUCUCUGUUUUCCUUCCUUGUGCCUCCAGCUCACCUGUGAACGCUGUGGCCUGGAGCCCCUCUGGAGCCUACAUUGGGAGUGUGGACCGAGGCAGGAAGGUGGUCCUCUGGAGCUGAGCUCUCGCCCUGUGGCCACAUAGAGAUGAGAACAAUUUCAGGCUCCUGUCUCCCUCUGAGCCUACCUGUGUCUGUUGCUGCUGGUCUCUGGGCUCAAGAGAAUGUCCAGGGACGUCACAAGUCUGUGGGCUCGCUCCCCAUGUUCAAGUAAGCACAGACAUCUGUCUCCAAGCAGCCAGAACAGGAAAGGAAAGGGUUGGCCUGGCAUACAACGCCUUUAGGUCCGAGUUAAGAGGCCUCGGCCAUCACGGAGGGUCUGCAAAAGGCAAGGCACUUCCCAGCUUUUGCCUGCAGACUUUUGGUAGCUGAGACGGCUUUGCAAGAGAAGUGGACAAAUUUGAGAGCAAUCGGUGGAACCUAAUCAUUGCUGGAAAUAAUAGCUAUACAGUGGUACCUUGGUUCUCAAACUUAAUCCAUUCCAGAGGUCUGUUCCAAAACCAAAGCAUUCCAAAACCAAGGCGUUCCAAAACCAAGGUGCACUUUCCCACAGAAAGUAAUGCAAAAUGGAUUAAUCUGUUCCAGACUUCUAAAAACAACCCCUAAAACAGCAAUUUAAAGUGGAUUUUACUGUCUAGAGACCACUGAGCCAUAAAAUGAAAGCAAUAAACAAUGUACUGCAGUCACACAAUCAAUCAAUCAAUCAAUCAAUCAAUCAGUAGCUGAACUGGGUUCCACACAGUCACAGAAACAAAACAAAAAAGCUGUAAAAACAAGAACACAAAAUAAAUACCAAAAACAGACAGACCUCAGUGUAACACUCAAAACAGAAGUGUGGCACUCAAAUCGGAAGUGUAACACUCAAAAUGGAGCAUGUUCGGCUUCUGAAAAAUGUUCGCAAACCGGAACACUUACUUCCGGGUUUGUAGUGUUUGGGUUCCAAGUUGUUUGAGUGCCAAGGCGUUUGAGAACCAAGGUACCACUGUACUUCAAAGUUUACUGCAAGCUGCCAGGAGAACUUUGUUGCCGGGCAGGAAAUAAAUAUGGUUAGCAAUAAAACAAGCAAACGAGCAUCCUUCUCCAGAGGCAGUGUACCUCUGAAUUGUAGGUGCUGAGGACAAGGAAGUGAAGAAGGUAACCAGCCGCCUGCUUUGCAUCCGAACAGCCACUUUUGGAAACAGGAUACAGUUCAAGAUCGGAGGCAGCAAGCCAAAAGCAGGUGUAAGCGUCUGAGAAUAGCCACACGUGCCUUGUGAGUCUUCCUUUGCACUAUAGUUCCAGCAAGUCAGAUGCAGAGGUUGGGCUCGAUGACCUUUAGUGGUCCCUUCCUACCCUGCAAUUCUGUGAUUAAGCAGCCCUUUCCCCCCUUGUGUGCCUGGUGGCAGCUGGAAUGGCGUGCCAGGUGAACCCAGGUCCAAUCCCCUGAAGCAGUUCUGACGUCCAGCUUCCCAGCUGGCUGAGAACCAUUGAUUCACUUCUCGGGCCACCUGGGCCAAUCCCAGGCUCCGAUGCUUGGGGAAAACACUCCUUGAAGAAACCGAUGCCUUUGGAACUCCCUGCCACAAGACGGGGAGAGAAGCCUGUGAGAGUCGGAGAGCAAUCGGAUGGCUUUUAUAUUGGAUGAUGGGAGAUGGAGCGACAGAUGAUGGAGCACUUUGUCCUUAGGGAAGGUAACUGCAGACAAAGAGAGUACUGUAACAGACUACACAUUUUUCCAAAUUUUGAAAUGCAGUUUUCAUUUUUUUAAAAAAUGAAUAAAAAUGUAUAUGGGAUGCUUUUUUUAGGAGGGGUGCUGAGAAAGCAUGUAGCUCUUUUUGUGCGUGUGUAAAAUCCACAGGAAAUGGGACAGAAAAAAGACUGAGCACAUGCAGAAUUGACAUGGAACAGAACUAGGCUGGUCAGCAGAGCUGCAGCUAGAAGCUGGUAGAAGGUCCUGGCGUCUCUGUUCAAAGCGCAUGGCAUCUCUGCUGCAGGCCUGGGAGAGAUGCCUCCAUCAAGAAGGGCAGUCUUGGCUUGAUUCUCUCCAUGAGAGACCACAAGAUCCUAGACCUGUGUCUACGCAGAACACGUGCUUUGAGUGCAGAAGGCCCCAUGUCAAGUCCCAUCGUCUCUAAACAAAAAAUGGAUCUUGGGCAGUAGGGCAAGGAAAGAGUGCUUGCCCAAGGCUUUGGGGCUGCUGCCAGCCAGAGUGUGCAAGGUUGGGUUAGAUGGGAAAAGCCUCUGAGUCAGGCGUCCAAACGCUGCAUUUCCUGCUAGCUUGAACCGGUCAAUUCCGGUUUUCUCCCCGUUUCUCAUUUUUCCAUAGUUCACAUUUCUGGAUCAGUUUGCAAUUAAAAAAAAGAAUAACCCAAA